GAGGUUGGCUUGUGCAAAAAGUAGGGAUAGUGAUCGAGACCUGGUUGUAUUGAUAACUCGAUUCUGCAUUUUCAAAAAAAAAAAAAAUUAAUAAUGUUCAACUUUAUUGAUUCUGCUGCCAGGUCUCGUGGGACCCAUAAAGUAAUGUUACACUUCGUGAGUUAGGUCACUUCAUGUUAAUCAACAGACCACAUGAUAAUAAUCCACAUAAAUAGACUAAUAAAGUUUUUGAAAAUAAACCUGAAUCAGCAGUUAACAGGUAUUUUAUUACAUGACAAAGAAUUCUGGUGGUCAGUUGCUUACAAUGUUGGCUAAACAUGUGGACCAAGUGUGGUUUCAUUUAACCAAAACUAAAGACACAGAUAAAGCAAAAUGUGAUUUUCUUUCGUAGAAAAAAUUCUUACAGGAGGGAGAAUACAACAUCCAUGGCCAAGUUCAUCGGCAAUGUGCCUGAAAUCAAGCCAAAACACAGGACCUUUGACUGUCUGUGACUUCAAGCACCUCUCUCAAGAUCAUAAGAGAGCUAUGCUACAAACUUUCCCUUUUUCUAUUUCACCAGGAAGUGAACAUGUUUAAUUUGGCUGUUUCAGUGCUAUAUGUGUAAUAUAGUGUCAAACGGACAGUGACUCAUUCUUGGAGUCAGCACCUUUGAUAGCUUCCUGUAGAGUAAGGUUUCUGCAAAGGUGAGAGAAUCAAAGAAGCAGAAUCAAAGUUCAAACAUGAAAAAUACAAAAAUAAUCGCAGUUUAAAGUGAAAUAUUCAAAAUAACUGAAUUAAGGACAACGGGAAAAGAAAAAUAAGAAUUUGCAUUAAAAACAGCAACAAAUUAAAAGAGAAACAGUCUUUUUUUCUACUCUUGUCUUAUGAAGGAUGGGCAUGGCUGGGCAGCAUUAACUACAACUUGUCCACGAGUAAACAGCAAACACUGAAAAAUUAAUAAGAAUGAUAGAGUUGUGUGUCUCCUGGUAUGGACGAAGAUGUUUGCAUGGAGCAGCUGAACCCUGCGCUCAGGUACACGCAGCCAAUCGGAGCGCAGGAGGGAGUGCUCAUCAGAGAGGAGGCGGUCCGCCCCGGCGCACACACAGCACACCUUCAGAUGGAGAUGAAGUAGCAGCAGCAGUCGAUCAACAGAGCAACAACAGCGUCUGUUCCGCGGAUCCGGAGGGUUUUUGUUUCUACAGGGGGGACAGGUGACGGACAUUCACUCUGCCGCUUCAGCGUCCAUCGGUGGAAAUUACCGCUGUUUCACCUCUCCUGCUCGUGCGCUCCCUCCGUUUGCUACAGUAGAUGUUUCUCAACUACAUGCAUUUCGACCUGAUCAUCUAAGCCCCGGUCCACCACCACCACCACCAUGGAAAAUGCGCACACUAAAUCGGCGACCGAAGUUUUGGACAACUUCGGCGUGAACGAAAACACUGGGCUGACUCUGGAGCAGGUCAAAGUCAAUUUUGAGAAAUAUGGACCGAACGGUGAGUAGCCUUUUACGCAUGAAUUCCUCCCUUUGCUUGCGAUGGUGGUGCGUAUUAUACAGUCUGGAUGGAUCGAUUAAUUCGGCAGGAAAUCCCUCCACUACCGCUGAAUGUCAGGCUGUUGUAAACCACGCGCGUAAAAAAAACCUCACUGCUUCUGGCGCACUAGCAUUGACACAUUCAUUGAUGAACAUGCGCGUGUUGAAAUCAUUCAUUGCGUAUCACACUUGAAAAGUUGACACACCUGAACAGAGGAGCUGUUAAUGCAGACCAAACCUUUUAUUUUAACUCCUAUUGAUUCAUCCAAAGAGACUUUUCUUCAUUUCCCUCGUCACAUGUGGUCACCUCAUGUCAAAGUAUGCCAAAUAGCAGGUACAGUGUUUCAAUAAAGACAGCUUUAUUGCAUUGCAAACAAACCUGCAGCCUUCCAUAGCCAGGUAUUGACACAGUAAUGUUGCUCAUGUGCGUGUGUGUGCGUAUGUGUGUGUGUGCAAAGACCGAUAUCCCAGGCUGACACUCAGGGAUCAGGAAAUGCAGAGCAGGCUGGCUCAGGCUACUGGAGUGGAAGAAGAUGAGGUGGUGGAGAUAAUGAAACAGAAAAUCUAGUACAACCUGUUUUCACUUUCAACAGUUGUUCUCUAAAUGGCUCAUACUUUCCAGCUCCUAUUACAAGAUAACAGUCAAAACUGACACAUUAAGAGUGAUACACAAAAAAAUAGUAGAAGUGCUCUCACAGGUAGGGAUUAUUGGCUGAAACAGAAUUAUACUUCCUUUUUAGCUGUGUUUGAAUGCAGCAGUGUGCAGCCCCCCUUGAGCUCUUCAUCAUCCCUGACUCCCAGCUGGUGUUUUAUGGGUGUUUUUUCAUGCUGAGCCUCCGACCUGACAUCACCACACCUUUCCCUCCCGGCCUGUCAUUUGCAUGUGUGGCCAAGCUGUAGAGUGGGGCUGCAUAUUGUGCCGGUCGAACAGUAGCCCUUUUGUUGCAGCCAGCCGCUCUACCCAGGGGCUUGUGAUGACUUCAUGGAAAGAAAGCAACGUCUUGCCACAGAUAACAUCUCUUUCGAUCUCAGUGCUAAACUUCCUGCCUGGUGUGAGCGCGGCACAGAUGCGUGCAGCAGGGAGGGGAUACCCUUGUUCCCUUUUUGGGGCUCUCUUUAGUCCCCGGCUGUGUCUCUUUUGGCUCGAAAAUGUAAAAAACUGCAAUAAAUCAGCUAGGAUUCAUUUCUGUCUUCAGUGCAUGUCAUAUCAGAGUGAUGCACAGAUUCUGAGCAGCUCCUUCCCCUCUCAAACGGCUGACUUUGUAACUCUGUAGUUUUGUGGUGUCUGUUUUGUGGCUGGUAUGCCUCCCUCCUUCUCACUAACAUGCAUGCAGUUUGUCACUCUGAGGCGUAGUUAACAGGAUCUCAUUAUCAGCAGGAUCAUUAACCUAAAUCAACAUGUCCACAAACAAGACCUCUGCUGUGUGACUCCUCUCACAUCGUUGGCGUAUGUCUGGGUUUGGCAAGAGGAGGCAAACAGGAGGUGAGAUUGACAUGAUCUCCUGUCAUUUCACCACCAACGCACCGCUCCGAGUGUCCACAGGAGGAGGUGCUGAUGGGUUUGAGUCAGGCAUCACACUCCUCCUCCUCCAUCAAGGGGCUGUGGAGGCUUCCAUUUCAUGGACCUCCUAUCCAAACCAUGCUACCCAUUAGUAUGCUGGUUAAUGCACCAAUCUGAGAUCAUACUGUAUCAACCCCUGUAAAAUAUGAAUGUGGCCUGUGCAGCAAAAAUGUGACAAACGGACAUAUUUUAAGUGCUGAAAAGGCAGUCUUCGGUGUCAUGAUGACAAACAAUAGUGCUAUCAGUGAGAUAACUGUUCGCUAAAGCUACCUUAACGUCAGCAACAAGUUCUUUCACUCACACAUUUCAGGAUGUAUAUUUUAAUGUUUUUUUUUUAAGUACGGGCAAUUUAGAAAGAAAGGUAGAAAUGGGCAGGGGAUGUCAAAAGGGCUGAGCUAAACCAGUACUAAUGGUAGGUUGUUAGCGCAUUGAAAUGUACAGUGAGUUAAGAUGGGAAUCUUUAACAGUAUCUGGAUAGCUUGAGUGAAAUGCCCCUUUGCUCACCCCUUCUGUUGCUGAGGUGAUGGACCAAAAUGACACUUUUCAGAUGUCAAAUUUUGGUAGAUUUCCUGUUGGGUCUGUAAAUUAAGGUGAUCUAAUCACCACAUGGCCUGUAACUGUUUGUCUCCUCCUACAAACGUGUAUUUGAAAACUGUUAAUUGACAAUGGCAACUUGGACACAACCAAUUUUUUCCAUAUCAAGGCUGUAUAUGAGUUCUGUUCAGGCUUCAGCUGAUCAACAAGUUUUUCUCUGACCUACCCUUUCGGUUUGUGUUCGAAAUGUCAUCAUAACAAACCUAUGCUACACAAAAACCCAGUUUAGUGUUUCGGCCGGUGAAUUCUUUCAUCUGCCUGAGAACAAGCGAGGGUGAAUCAAACAUAUAUGCUACAAGCUUGUCUAUCAGGGUUAGCGUUGGAGUAAGUGGCCCAAUCCAAUGCAGAUAUUAAAAACUCAUUCUUACAAAAACAAAAAUAAAAAGAAUUUACAGACAGGUGAUUAUACUCAAAGUUAAGCAUAACUAUGAAUACUGGAUUCCAUUCUGCCUGUUCCAUCCUGUUUAAUAAUACUAAAUAUUACAUACUGUGCCUUUUGAAGGGUUAGGAGUCCUUUAUCGGACCAAGUCACGUAAACUCAAAUGAUUUCAAUCCAAUUUGGCACAGCAUUUUAUUGCAUUUAUUGCUUUUAAUUUAACCUGCUGCAUCAUUACUUCAUGACUCCUGAUUUUAGUUCUCACAACAUCAAUCGUCUACUUAGCCUUUUUCAGACAUAUUGUAUUCUUCGUUAAAGCAGAUAUCUACAGUAUUUAUCUGUAUACAUGAGUCUUGCUGAUAUAAAUGACAGAGAUUUUUGGCCCCCAUACUAAAAAUAGCUCCAUGAGCCCCACCACUUGACUUUUUCUCUUAUGCAGUGCCCCUGUAUCCUGACAUAGUUUUUUCUGGGGUGGCUAUGUGUCCAACUGUAUCGUAUCGUAUCGUAUUGUAUCAUGAUUGUAUCGUAUAUUGUGAUUCCCACUCCUUACUUGCUGGUAUCCAAAGGCACUUGAUUUUGGGCAGAACUCAUGCUGAUGUUUUGAUUCAGAAGUGCAAAAGAAUAAAAAAAAACAUCAUCAGAUCAUCUCUGCGUAGAAGUGUGUUCUCUGCUCUCUCAGUCAACAAUUAAGACAUAAUGGCAGUGUUCUGCCUCGUUACUUUGAGAGAUAACUUAAUGUUACGGUUUGGUUUCAGGCCUUUUUUCUCGUAUUAGUAUGCAGGGCAACAUCUUUUCAAACUUAAGGCUGAUCUGUCUCAUUAAUCAUUCUUCGAGGGCUCUUAGUUCUUGCACUCUUGUCGUAUUAUGAGAAAGAUUUGACCUUGAUCUUUGUGGUGCAGAUCCUUUUUAAAAGAGAGGCACUCAAGUGUUGGUUGACUCAGCCACGUUGAAAGUAAAGACAGGUGAGCAGUGUCUCAGCUCCCAGGCUUUGUGUCUGCUCUUUCAUGUGCUUUGAAUGUAAAACUUUGCUGAACAAUGUCACAGUUUCUAAUCCUUUUUUGAGGUAUUAGAGAAUGAGCUCAGGCUGCUGCAACAUCUGGAGGCUGUGCUGUGCAAACAGGAGCCUGCUGACCUUUAAUUCACACCUUUCAUUUACGGUCCAAUGUAGCAGCUCCUUUUUUUUUUUUUUUUUGCAGCAUCACUACAGACACACACAUACACACACACUCGCUGAAAAAUGCAGCUAAUUUACUGUUUACAAGCACCUUAAUUUACGAGACACUUUAUCACUUUCAUUGUGUAAGGGUUGGUUCUGAUGUAGUGGGGGAAAUAACAGGCCUCUUUCUUUUUCACAGACACACUCUCCCUCUGUUUGUGUGUGGGUGCGUCGGGAAUGUUUGUUCUGUUACAGCUAGUGGGGCUUGAUGAUUGGCUCCUUUACUCUCACUCAUAGUCCCUAUUUCAGAAAAGGGUCUCUGUGUUUUUACAAAGUGUCAAAGAGUGGGAAUCAUCUUUUUUUGGGAGGGGCAUAAAGCAAAAAUUUUCACCCUUAUUUCACUGACAAAUGGUCCCACGUAAUUUAUUGAUUCAUUUUCUUUUUUCAGAAGAACUUUAAGAUAAGAAAACCUUUAUUUUGAUUUUUAGAUGUAUUGGGAAAUUUAAUAAACCUUUUGAUCUCUCUGUGUCAUCAGGUUUAAUAAAAUAAUAAAAGGCAGUUAAGUUAAGAGGUGUGAUUAAUCAAAAACAUAAAUAAAUCACUCUUCUGCAUAACAGAAUUGAAAAUGAUUGGUUAUGUCCCCUGACACUCCCUCCUGAGGAGUACAAUUGCGCAACAUUUUCAGGUCAAACAAGCUGGAAACUCUUGUAAUUGCACCAUCAUGAUAUACAGUGUUUAAUUUUAGAUGCAGAUGUUGACUCUCUGACAGGAUAUGUUGCUUUUUGACAUAUUUAGGGACACAAACAUGCAGAGAGAGGCCCUGUGCCAACCCAGUCUGCAACCUGAGCCCCACCUGAUGACACUGACAAUAAGUCCAGUUUAUUACUUGAUUGGUUUGAUCAUUCCUCAAGUGGAAAUGCAGUAACCCCCUUCCCUGUAAGUGAUCCAGUCCUAAAGGUUCAGUUUUAAGGUGUAAUCCUCCCUAGUUAGUCAUUGCAAAUGGACCUUUUUACCCUUGCAUCUGCCAUCGACAACAAGAACUACUUCCUGUAGUGAAACUUUGCUCUGUGUUGUCUUACUUCCUGAUCUGCAACUUGACAUAACAGCGGCCUGACUUGGGUUACAAACAGUUUCCUGCUCCUCCUCCUUCACACUGACACACUUUUUAGCGCAGUAAACUUCCCGAUCACAGUUUUUUUUGUUUUUUUUUUAGUAGUUGUUAAUUUCACUUGUUCUGAAAGCGGUCCAGUUGAGAGUUAGACUGUGUUGGAGUUGUGUGUGGGCUGAGGAAAGGGAGCGAAGUCGUAGAAAAGUAAUUUGAAGUCCUUUGGGUGUUGAGUCACUUCCCUGUUCUAGUGGGCUCUGUGUGUGCCUGCCCGGCUGCCUUCAAAGACGCUGUGAUCCUGUUUGAGCUUGUCACUUGUCUUCUUUUCCCUCCCACCUCUGCAGCUGUCACUCACGGCCUGUUGCUUGAGAUGAUGUUGAGUCACAGAGCUUCAACUCGCCGCUAAAAACACAGCCAGGUCCGCUGAGGAGAUGUGUACUUAAACAUGUUUGUGUUUCGAGCAGGGGGGGUAUGUGUACACGGAGCACAUGCUGUACAGUGUGUGUCUGCCUUCAGGGCACCAUAAACUGAACAGGAGACAAUCCAACAUAGAGACUGAGACAUAAGCUUUGUGUGCUCUACAAUAAGCUGCAUGAAAAGUUGCAUAUGUAAAUCUUUGUUGUCUGGAAGAACAAGUAAACACAAGCAGUCAUGUGUUUGGAUGGUGAUAGAUCAACCUGUGGAAAAUGAGUAGCAAGUAGACGACAAUGUGUCAAAACAAGAACUGGUACUGAACUGGUGCUUGAACAUUUCUUCUGUAUUUGCUCAUGACAAUUUAAAUACCUCUCACCUCAUCCAACCUUUCAAACACAAUAGGAGCAUCCUGACUGUAUCUUGCAUUUAUUUUAAAAUAGUUAGACCUCAUGGUCAGAUUAUCAAAGCAAAAAGAGCAUUAAAAAGUUGCAUUGGAAAAUGAAUGAGCUCCAUGCCUCUGUAACACAUUGAGACCACUUUACUAAAAGUUUAUAUAACAUUACUCCCUUUUUUUAAGCCACUAUGACUAAGGCACCAGAAUUACUGGCUGUUUCAUUUGUAUUUUUCAUUAUUGCAUGCCCAGAAUACUGGUUAUAUGUUGUGUAAAAAAGCUGUUGCCCAGUCAGCCUCCACAAGGUAGAGCUGCAGCUACAGCUGAUAGCCCUAAAUACUACCAUAAUGCUGUCACCCUCUAUUACCUGUUUGAUAUCAUUUUCUUGAGCCAGAAAAUGAAACUAAAGUGGUAUGUCGGCUGCAUCUGGUUAAACUAUCAUAUAACAAGUCCACCAUACCAACAUGGUUAUGUGGGCUGAAGGCUUGUGGGGCUAGCUCUGCUAAUGUUAGUCACACUCAGCACACCAAUGCGGCUUGUUUACCACAGACUCAGUGACCUCAUGUUUGGCAGUGUUAAAGGAGCUGUGCUCAGUUUUGACUGUUUCGAUAGUGUACUCUCACCUGGUGGUUGGGAUUUAAAUUUUCAGUUCAGGAUAUUAUUCACCCUAAGACAACAUUCAUCACAUCAGUCCUCUAAGGAUAUAAAGGGAUAGGCUAGAGGUAUUCAGUAUUCAGAGUGUGGUUCCCAAACAAAGAUACCAAAAUGAAAAGAGACAGUCUUUCUAUGUUUGUUUACCUAUACUGUUGAACUGGUGAAGAGCUUCAUUUGGUCUGACUGAAGUUGAAAUCUUCCAAAAUUAGGUCUUCAUAUAACUUCUGUUUUUUCGAUUGUUGUAAUAAUGUCAUAAUACUGAUUGAAACCAUGUUUUUAAUGAAAUCUAAAUGAAAUGGUAUGAUUGUGCAGCUUACAGACUAUUUUCAGCCUUAUUUGCUUCUGUAGUCAGUAUUUACAGCUCUAUGUCAGUGUAAGUGCAUUUGCAGAAGAACUACAAUGUCCACAAUCCCUGUAAUGAUAGAAAGUGUUUCCAAAUGCAUUAAUGCUGCUCACUGUUGUGUUUCUGAACAACAGUGAGUUUAUGUGACACAAGUCACUGUUUACCAGGCUUUGAGCCACAGGUAGUACAUGUUAAAAAGGAUUAAGUCUUCAUUGGCAGGGUUUGAAAGAAGAAAGACUUUUAACAGAUUUGUCUUUGAAGCACUUGAAGUGUAGAUUUCAGAAGUUUCACCAGACUUUACAGCUGUAUAUCUAGUGGUAGUAUGGGUAUAUUUCAAGUGUUUCCACAGUCUGAAAUGCUCACCAGUUCGUCCUCCAGAACUGCAUGGCUUAGAUUAGUAAAGUUGGUCUGUACCAGCCCUCUGAUUGGAUAAAAGUGGCGCUCUGGUUUCUAAACCUAGAAUAAACCCUAAAAAUAGCGAGGUGGUAACACAGAUAUUUCAGUCCGCCGUUUGGGGCUUUGCUGACUAUUUUUCACAGCUUUCAGCUUCUGCGAUUGGCUGCUGGGUGGCUGGGUGCCAUCCUCCUUGCCGGCCUGUUGGGAUGUUCAAAAAAUGGUUCUUUGCACAGCUGCGACCUUGAAGAGGAAGCUGUGAGCCCUGAUGAGAUAUCAGCUCUGUGCUAAUCACCUCAUGCAUGUCCUAAACGGUUGACAGGCCCUUUCCUUUUCCUCUUUAACACUCUAAUAGAACUCUAAUACUAUAAGGGUCGAAAUGUGCAGCAACAUGCCUGUUUUGGAGUAUGAACACCCGUACUAAGUGUGCAACAGGCUGUAUAUGUGUGUAGUUAUGGAGCAGAUUUAAAUAGCAAAUGUAUUAAAAUAGAUAUCUGUGUCUUUGUAAUAAUUCUCACAGUGCAGAUUAUCUGUGUUUUUGUGGUCAAGCUAGUUUCUAAAUCAGGCUGUAUUUCAAGAUAAAUUAGCCAAGAACAAGCAUUCCUGUCACGGAAAAAGUUGAUUCUGAUCAUCAAUCAUCAAAAUGUUCAUCUAAGAUAAAAAGGAAAUCUCACAAGAAGAAGUUCAGAGACCACACAUAAAAUAUGGUAAUGACGCUGCAGCAGGCAAACCCUGUUUAACACCAUGAGGAGUCUGUGUUUUUCCCUGACCACAGCUUGAUGAUGUCAGCAGCAGACCAGCCAAUCAGGAGCCGCAGCAGCCACUGAGCUGAAUCUCUUGUCAUUUUCUUUCUUAAUUGGCUUGAAGAGAUGAAAUCUCCACUUUCAGAGUAAUUCUCCUUUUCUGACAGGGCAGCCUCAUAAAGAAACUUACCUCAGUGCAGCUUUGACAGCUGGUGGUAUUUCCUCUCAGUGUGACCUCCGUGGAGGGAGUUUCAGGUUGAUCGGCUUAUCAAAUACAGCAGCUAUAAAAUGGUAUUGAGCAGGACAUCUCAUCAGUCCUCCCCACUCUGGUCUCUUCCAGUUUCUUGCUGAACUGAGACCGUUAUUGUCCUUCUUUGUCCAGAGUGCACUGUACUACAGUCAAAGUCAUUUCAGCCUGAGAGUCUGGAUGUGUCAGCAGGUUUAAACAUUGGGCUUAGGUUAGUGAAAUGUCAUCGCAGCUCACAGUUAAGUCUGUAAUUCAGGAAAAUCUUCUAUCCCUUAUUCUAAAAUUUUGAAAAACCUGAGCAUCUGUUCUUCUUCUUUGAAAAGAUUACUUUUUGAGCUGUAGUGCCUUAAUUUAGGGACUGGACAGUGGAUAGUAGAAAGAGAGGAAACAGUCUGAGUCACUCACUUUGAAGACUGUAGACUCUGUACAUGGUCUACAGUAAAAACAGCUUCUAAAUUUGUUUCUGCUGACAAAUUUGUUUUAAACUAUACAAUUGAAUCCUUACAAUAGUUAAUACCAUAAUGUAGUCAAAACCUGGGGCAGACUCUGCAAACCCCUGUACAUCAAAGGGUAACCUCUAGUUUUAUUAAAGCCAGAAGCAUAUUAAUGGAAAUCUUGCCUGUUUUAAAAUGACCUGCAUGCUCCCUGAAGUUAUGUUGACUUAGAUGGUGGCGAUAAAGUUAAUCAGAAUAUUGUUCGAUUGCGUCAUGGCCAAGUGCAAUGGAAAAUCAUAAGAUAAGUCUUUGACUGGGAGAUAAACUUGUUGAGACGCAAAAUUCUUUUUCUAAACAAUUCUUGCCAAGACAGGCAGCAGCUAACAAAGUUACUCACCAAAAAAGAGCAACCAUACACAUAACAAAUACAAGAUACAUGGCAAUAGAACCUGAAUAAAACAUGAAAUAACAAAACAGAUCUUUUUUGGUGCUCUAAUAAACAUUUUCACGCCUUUUGUAAUAUUUUUUUUUCUGGCAGAAAUAAAAUUGCAAACCAGUAUGACCAUUUGCAGUAAUACUUUAUCAGAGCAAAAUUGUUAUUUCUGUUAAGAUGCUCUUUGGUUUUAAUCUCCAUGAUCAGCAACCUAUGACAGAUGAGCUUUACUUUUGUGAUCUUUGGUUUUUCAAUACUAUGUAUGAAGGUUGUCUUGCCUUAAAAGGACGUUGGCAGCAGGCCUUCCCUCAUGUACCCUGCCUGUUUUGUGCUUGGUCUUUAUCACAACUUAACAUGAUAAACAUUAAACCUGCAAAAAUCCAUAGUGUUACCAUUAAUAUUGUUUCUACUAGGUGUAUGAGUGUAUCAGCUUUUGCCCAACAGUCUUCAAAAAGUGAACUAGCCUGGUUAUAAAUUCCUGUUUUAUUUGAUUUUGAUGAAUUAGCGCAGCAGCUUGAAUUCAGUGUGAGAGAUUUCAGGGCCUGUGAUGACGCUAGAGAGCUUUCAUGACCUUGUUUUAUUGUGCUGCAGAGGAGUGAUUAGUGACAUUUUAUCUCUUCCUAUUCCAUCCCCUUUCUCUUCCUUGAGGUGAUUGUUCAGAAGUUGGGGGCUGCUUGAAAUAAACUGUUUACAUUCACCACUUGAUAUGGUGGUAUGUGACUUCCAUCAGAAGGGAAGUCCUUCAUUGACAUCUACUUAAAUGAAGGAAAUAUUGACUUUGUCAGAUUGCAGACGGCUCUUCUUCGGUUGCCUGCCAUGCCUUCUAAGCAGCAGCAGAGAUAACAAGGUUAGGGAGGGGCACAUUUAUAGUUCACAUUUGAUAUGGUUAAUGCAUUCAGACCUUUUUCCAAAGGGGGAAUACAUUAGCAGAGAGAGAGAGAGAGCGGAUAUAGGAAGCCAUAGUAGACUGUUAUUAGGGUUACAUCAUCAUGAUAUUUAUAGGCCUGUUUUACAUUCUUGUGGUUUGUGGAUGGAGUGAGAUCCUAGAGCAGAAGCCACAGCUGGGUUUCGACCACAGGAGUUUUGAGCCUGUUUAGACCUGAUCUAUCCUUCCAUCAAUCACUGUGGGUAUAUCUGCUUUUUAGGCCUUAGCCUGUUUAGAUUAUGGUCUGGAUUAUUGGUAAUGCAACGCAUCCACAAGUCCAGUAAACCUCCUGAACAACUGGCACUGUUAGCCCUAGUAAUUUCAAACAUGUUUAUAAUUAAGUUUUAUAGAUAAUAGAGGGUAAUGUACUUCACAAGCAGAUCUUUUGUACCGAGUAUGAGAGAGCAGGAAAAAAGAGGCGGAGCCAUAAUGAUAACUCCAAAGAAUGAUAAACAUGAGUCCCCGAGGCUAACAGGAGCUAGCAUGCUCAUUGUUUACAACAAACUAACAUAUACAGUCUGUCUUUACAUGUUCCUGAAAAAUAAACAAGUGCUGAAUGAGUUUCACAAACAUUUUCUUAUCCAGACUUGUUUUGCUGUCUUCUUUUGUUAAUUCGGUACAGCUACAGUAGGCUAUUUCCAGAUCAUGAAAGGUUCAUAUCCCUGAGAUACUCACCAUUACUUUCAAAUGUCUUGUGUGCAUAUUUAAGAUUAUCAUGUAUCAAAACUCCUGUAGUCUGAGCUGGCCUUGAACCAGCUUGAGUCUUACUCAACCUGUGUCCCCCAGCUCAGUCACCCAGCUGGCUGCUAUCACACAUGCUAGCAGCGUUUUAGCAGCAUAUGGAGGCUAAAUGAGCUUGUUCACAACAGAAAGUGUGUGGGGGUUUUUGAUGCCCGCAUGCUGCAUCAAAGCUUUGCUGAUUGCAUAACCAUUAUUCUUGGUAAAUUUUGACAGACAUUGGCAUGAAAUGUUUUCCAAGGAGAUUGCAUGAGCCAAGUCACCAUGGUAACUGCUGAAAACUUUCACAUGUUUGAAGUUUACAUAAGAGGGGCAUGAACUCCAGCUUGUUAAUGCAACUCAAACAUACUGUGAUGUGAUGUUUACCCGGGGUCCCAGUAAUCUGGGCUGUAAUUUUUAAUGGACAUGGUCAGACAGAUGGAGUGUAAGAGCAGAAUGUUAUUGGAUUUAUAUUUUUUUGAAAGGCACAGAUAAUCUAACUUAGUUCCAGCACAGAACAUAAAACUGAUAAAUUACACCCAGAGUUCAUAGCGUUUGUCAAUUUUGAACUCUCAUCCUUAGAUGGGUCUUUUACACAUUUAGUGCAGGUAAAUAUGUGGUGUUCAGUAAUUGGCCUGUGUGAUCUCACUGUGCUCAGAUGUUGACUAAAUAUGGGCAUUUCUGGUUCUGAUUGGGUUUCCUUGCUUUUGGAGGGUUAGGGUUAGUUGGUCCCUUUGGUUUGAUUUUCAAUGCCUGAACCACAAAACACUACAGAUAUAAAUAUACAGUUAACAGAGUUUUCCAUGGGUGCCAGUGGUCAGCCAACAGCUAACUAGUCUCUUGAUUACAGUUGGCAGCUUCUCUGGCAACAUGAGCACAGAAUUAUUUCCCUCUCUUGUUUCUUUAGACGACCAUCAUGACAUUUGUUUCAUAGCUGCAUAACAGUUAUUGAAAUAGCGUCUUUGCAAUGUGCUGAUUUUAAACAAAAUACAUUGUGGUAUAUCUCACCUUCAGAUCGAUGAUGAAUGAAGAGGAUCAUUCGUUAGAGACAGCUAUCAGUCUUUCAGUCACUGUAAAUACAGGAAUCAGAUCUUGUGAAAUUCGUGCAGUGGGAAUUCAUCUUAGCUAGCUACUUUUGCCACUGGAUAACCGCUUUAUGUUUUUGUGGAGAGCCUUUGAUAAAAAAAAAACACAAAUCAUAAUGGGACAAUGCAUAACUUCUACUCACCGAUGUAAAUGACAGUGAAAAUACAACAAGCUAUGAUUAAUUGUAGCUCUGGUUUGGCUUCAUCCAGCACUUGACCUUUAUUUUGAAAGAUUCUUCAAACUAUAGUCAAUUAAUUUCAGUCUAUAAUGUUCCCGAGUUGUCAGCCUCACAUUAUUGAGAGCUUCUUUAUCAGCACUGAGCUUGCAGUUUGCAGAGAGAUAGAUGUCCAGUUUCCUGCUUUCCUUCCUGACUCUCUGGACACAGAAACCAACUCUCUGCUGUUGUUGGCAACCGUCUCCAGGAAGUGUCUCCCCUCUCUGCUCUGGGCUGCCUGUAAACAAGCUCUUUUAUUCAUUGUCUGGGCCAAGAGGGGUAGGUGGGGAGGUGUUGUGGGGACACAAGGAGAGAGAGAGAGGAAAAAGAGAGAGGGAGAAAGAGAGCGGGAGGGUGGUGAAGUCAGUAUUCAGGAAUGCGCCUGGGCAAGCCCUCGGGUUGACACAGCCCAGAUGACUGUGAGGGAAUCCUUGGCAGAGGGAAGCCGGGGAACCCCGUUCACCACCUCCAGCUCUUUCCCUCCCUCCCUUCUUCUCUCUCUGUCUCUCUCUUUCCCCUCUCGUCUGUCUCGUCCUUUCACUCAAUCCGUCUUUGUCUGCAGCCUUCAGCCAGCCUGUCUGCCAUAAAAAACAUUAUACAACCAGGGAGGCACAGUAAUGGGGAAACCGGCUUAUGUCAGACUGGUGGAGCGUGGAAAACAGCAGAACCCACUUCUCCACAUUUCAACUUUUGCUGAGGGCAGAGUGCAGCCAAAAGUCCCCUGUGAGUUCAACCAUGUCCAACCUGAACUCUGAAAAGCUUCCAGACAGCAAGUUUGAAAAGCUCUUCACAAUGACUCAUCAGCUGUUAUUACACAGGAGGUGGACGGUCUCUUGUGGAGUUGAGAUACGACCUCUGCAAGCAGGUCAACCGGUUCAAAAAUGAUGUUUUCAUGGGGGCGUUAUCGAAUCAAAGCUCUGGGUUUUAAUGCCUUUUAAGUACUUCUGUACUCUUUAAUAGCUUGUUUGUAAUGUAAUAAUAUGUUUCUCUCCCUCUGGUUUUAUUACAAACCAAAUUAGGAAAGUUAUUCCAUCUAUCAGACAACUUUUUCAUUACCACUGGCGAAGUCUGCACUCUUCCGACCACCCAAUAACAACAUUUGGAACCAUUGGAAGCGUCCCAAGACUCUUAAUGUGAAAUAAAUUUCUCUCCAUCGGUGGCACGUGUAAUGCAAGUGGCUGCGAGGCUUUCUGUUUUUGGAAGGAGGCCGCAGGCUCGCGUCACGGCCCUUCCUCUUUCCAGCCACUCUCUCUGCAGGGUCACGUUUGAGACUCGUGUAGCCCGGUCUGGCCAAAACAUGCAGAGAAACACGAGGUUUCCACUGCUUAAAGGAGCACUACCACUCUACCGGAAAGAACAAAAACAAAGACUUAAGUGGCAGAAAAAUACACAAAAGCGAGCAGAAAUUAACUCCAUCAGAUGAAUAUCAUCACUCAUGGAGCUCUUUGGAUGUGAUAGAUGUUAUUUGUUAGAUGGGAACCUGUUUGGUCUUUGUGUUGGACUUGAUGUGUUCCUGACAAACUCAGUGACUAAUCACAUCUGUGUCUGUUUUAUGGUGACACUGAUCAACACCACUUGUCAAUAGGACUGUAUUUAGAUAGUGACUGAUGUGUUUUCUACUCACACCAAUGACUCAUGUGUGGUGGGUGUUGAGUUCUGGUUAUCAAAUCAUCAGAGGAGGAGAGGAAAGGAUGCUCGGCCUGUCUAAAAUGCUCCUGAGGAAAAAAAAAAAACAGCCUUUCAUUUUAAAUGACAGACGAGGAAUGACAAGAUGAUAUGAAAGGAAAAAAAACAAAGUAUUGUGUUUACUGAAGAAGGUUAUCCACACACUGACGAUAGAAAAAGGGAGGUUUAGUGCUACUGAUCACUGAGUAAUGAAGUCAGGCUGUUCAGAGUCUGAGUCUGCAGCAUGAAUGUCAAUGACAUCACCAAAGUCUGGUGAAGGCUAAGCCUGACAAUGAGCUGAUGAGCUGACAAAGGCUGCCUUCAUCCUGAAAAGGCUUUCCAGAUAGAGCACCAACUAUCGAUUAUUACCAUCCUGUUAGACCACUUUAUAUUUAGGUUAGUUUUGUUAGAUUGAUAGAUUGAGGAGACGCACAGGAUUGUGGCCAUGGAGACAAUGCUGCAACAGUGAUGAUAGCACAUAAGGUGGCUGCUACUUUAACUGACGGACCAUCAACCCAAAAUUGUUGGUUUGACACAAUGAUAUCGAGUAAGAUAUCAAGUUAAAAAUGGAAUUGGAUUUUCCAUUUGGAGAUCAAUAAAGUUCUUCUUAUCUUAACUUAUCUUUUAAAAUUCCACCCAGGCAGCAACCUUCACUGUCCUGCCAAUACAGGAGUGCAAAAAUUGCAGUUCCUCAAGUGUCCACUUGAGGCUGUCUCCAGAUGCCAAAGAAAUCUACCAAAACUGAUGUUAAAAGGCCAAUUUUAACAGCAAAAUGACACAUAUUUUCAGUCUGGAACAGGAAAUGGGUUUGGUUUGAGUAGGUAACUUCCUCACUAGUACACAUGAACCUUUUUACUGCUUAUUUGUUUUGAGACAUUAAAGUUGAGAUGUAAUGUCAUUAUUACUGAAAGUGGGGCCAAUUUGACCUCUGUGGUGGUGGUGGGGAGGUUAAAGGUGUUUGCAUGACCACCUAAUGGCUACCUCAACUCCACCUCUUUGUCUGUUUCUUGGUUGAUGAAAUUAGGUGGAGUCAGCAUUUCCAUUAUGGCGAUAGUCACCUCUUGGCUUAACAAUGCUGCCUCAAAAAGUCAUGGGUGAUGUCACAGAGACUACACCCAUUUUUAUACAUUUGACAGUUAAAGCUGAUGUGAAAAUGUUGUUUUUUUCAACAGCCUUAUAAAUGUUCACAGCCUGGUGAUUAAAAAAAAAGUUUUUGCCCUUUAGCUCUUUUAGUAGUUUACAAUAACUGUAUCAGGAUGGAUUUUUGGACUCAUACAUUUUGAUUGUAUUAAAGUUAAGGAUAUGGAUGAUCAGGCAUAAACAUGGGCAUGGUUGAUUUACAGAAAGGUGGGUGCAAUGUAGCCAUUUGCCGGGUUGAGGCUUAAAUUCCACCUCUUUGUAAGUCUCUAGAUUAGCCAAAAGUUUGGUUGAGUCAGCAUUUCCAACAUGGUGACUGCCAUCUUUGCACCACUUCAACAGAGACCAAUGGAUGAUGUCACCAAGACCAUGUCCAUGCCUUUAAAUUUGAUUUUCAACCACAGAUUCCCAGCACAGAUAAUGAAGUCUUAAAAUUGAUUAUAUGUAUAUUUUUGAAUUACUAUCCAAAUCAAAUUCUGACUCCUUCAACAUGAAAAUUUGAAACACUGAGUAGUUAUGAUCUUUUUUGGUGAAUUACUUCUACAAGUAAGUCUUAAAACUUUUGCAGACUCUGACUUCUGUCAUAGUUUUAGCUAUGUGUUGCAUUUAGUUUGAGGUUUAUUUAAGAUACAACACAAAGCUGGACACAGUGCUCUUGCUGCCUCUGGCCAUGAAACCUUUCAAGUUUGUCCUCCAAGUGUUGGACACAUGGAGGCAAUAUCAAUAAGCCCAAGGACUUAUUUCAACCCCGACAGCAGCUUUAACUUUAUGAAGGACUUGUGCUUCUAGCACUGACCUUCAGUAUUCACCAUUUUGUUAUGAAUCAACUGUGCAGCUUUUGCAGUGACACUAUUUUUAUAUCCAAACGUUUUCUCAGUAUUAAAAAGUAUUUUUACACAGUAGAAUGGCAGCUUCAAGUCCACUUUCUACUUUUUAUAGACACUGACAUUUAGUUAAACACAUAGACCAACCAUCUAAGAUAUUUAUCACAUCUUUUUACCCUUCUCCGAUCGAAGCUGCUUGGCACAGAUCUUGUGCAGUAUGAGUGAAAUGCAAUUUAUGUUGCCUUUAGUUCCCUUUAGUGUAUCGUUUCUCUGUUUGUAUAUGGAUAGUUGCUCUUAUUCACUAGAACUAUUGUGAAAACAAUAAAGCACAUGCCACACUCGCAUUUCACUGUAUCGUAUUGUGUCAUAUGAUAAUCUAAUUCCUGUCCAUUUACAUAUUCAUUACUGCCAAAGCUCUGUCAAUUUCAGUCUUUAAUUUGUGAACAUUUUCUCCUUUAGUAGCCUUAUGGGAAGUUCUGACAGUUUGCUGAAAUGGUCUUUUGGUAGAUGAGAGGCAUUUUAUCACUAAUAAAAACACAUUCAGUAGAAAUAAAUUUGUUACACUCCUUGGGUGCUCAUUUAUUCUGCUAAAAAAGCUCUGAUGUCACACAACUUUGAAGAAUUUUGACCACAAAGAGAUUCAUUUUAACCGAGCGCUCUCCCAUCCAGAGGAUAUAUUGAGUCCAAUACUGCAGAUGAUUUAAAACCACUCACAGGCUGACGGACCCUCAGUGAUCUCAGAUAACCUUUUUCAGGAGCAGGAUAUGAACAAUCAAAUGGGUAUCAAAGGCCUUGGUUAGGUCUUAUGAAGCUGUUUGUUAUUACACUGUCUGUGUGGAUCAGGUUUUCAAAAGGACCCGAGGCCAUUUUUUUAAUGUGCUAAUGCUUGAAUUCAAGAUAUCUAGAGGUGAGGGCCGAAAACUGCUUGCGUCAGUAGAAUACCAAUAGUCAUGAAUUGUGUGUAGUAACAGUACAAAUGCAGAUGGUAUUCUCUAACUUAAAAACAAAGUUUUUCGCCUCUGUUUUUCUGCUUUGACUUAUUUAAAAGGCUAAAUGUGCAUGUCUUUGCAUUUCAAAGCCAGUCUAAGUCUAUCAAAUAUAUUAACGGACUUUUUUGUCUCUCUCCUCCACCAUAUACCCCCACCCAUCUCUCUCUUUUCUCCUGCCCGGCCAAUGUCGAUUUCUUUACAACCGUGGUGGUGUGACAUCCACAGAGCUCCCGGCUGAAGAAGGUAAAUAUUGAUUUUUCCAGCUAACUGCAGGUCCUUCUUCUCCUCCUCCUUUUUACUACCUGAUUAAGUGUCUGGAGCUCAGAGCUUUUCUUCUCUGCAGACUGAAGGGCUAAACUUUGGGAGGAAACCCUGCUUAGCACACACAUCAUUACUCCUCUGUAAACAUGGGGAUUGUCUUUACAACUGCUUAUCUGUAUCAGGAAAAUCAAGUCAAUACAUCUUAAGAAUACUUUCCAUCUUAAAGUAUAAAGGACGCUGUGGUUCCUCCCUGUGAAAUCCUCAGUGUUAUUUCUCUCUCACGGAUUACAAUGUGACGUCUAUUUAUCUUUGUAUGUUGCAGGGAAAUCUCUGUGGGAGCUGGUGGUGGAGCAGUUUGAAGACCUCCUGGUCAGGAUCCUGCUGCUGGCUGCCUGUGUCUCAUUUGUAAGUAUAACACGGAUCAUUAAAACUCAAGUAGCCCUCAUCUUAUUUGUUCUUAAUCUAAUCUGAUUCUCAAAUGUAGUUGCUCCUGUGGGACUUAAAACUCAAAUUGGACAUCACUCAGGAAAUUGCCACCUAAUAGAGUCCUCCAUUAGUUUUAGGGAGCAGUUAUUCCUGUAAGAACAUUGUUAGUAAGUGCUCCCUGUUUUUGCUGAAUCUUUUGUAUUAUAGGUUUUCCCACAUAGUGUUGUCUGGCUAAGUGAGAGACGGACGCGGGUAUUUGUAUUUUUUUUUGUACCACAAAGUGUCUGGUGUUUUUGUUGGGUUUUGGGCCUCUGUGGACAAAUUAUGUCACAGCUAUAAACUGUAGCUUGAUCGUGAAACCAUUAAGUGAUACCUCCUGGUCCUCUGCCCUUGGUCCAUGACCAAACAGGAAGUAUUUACAGGCCAUCUAUGCUAAUGACCAUUCAGAAACUCCUACUGCUGCUCCUUGGAGAGAGGAUCAAGGAGAGAGGAAGGAAAUCUGAGGAGCAGUGAGCAAGGUUCCAGCAGGAGCAGCCUUCAAGGAAGUCGUGUAACUGAUAAAACUCCAAUAUUUUAUAUAAUUGGGUGGGACUUUACUGAAACCAGAGUUUGAUAAUGGAUAAGAGACAAACCCUGAAACAGACUCUGUAGGUUACCUUGAGAUAGAUCAGAGAGAUAGAUCAGAAACAUCUUGAUUUUUGCUGUCUUACACUGUGUGUGUGUGUGUGUGCUGUAAAAAGGAAUCAGCCUCUGAAAGCUGAAAAUAUUUUCACUAGGCUAUAAACAUGUUAACACCUGUUGUUAAAAGGGAUUUUUUAAUACAAGGCUUGACGGGGUUUCCUUGGUUUUUGCAGCCAACCUCAAGUAGACAGUCAAGGAACUAAAGCUUCACCAACCUAAGAGCUACAUUUUUCCACAAAGGAAGUUACUGAUAGGUUUUAGCAUUUUGCUGAUCUUGUCCUGUACAUGCAAAUAUUGUGUUGUCUGAAGAAAAACCGAAUCAUUCACAUUUAUCACUCAUGUCAAUAUUGGAUGUGGAAAAAUUGUUUCUUUGUUAUCCACCGUACCAGACACUGAGUGUAAGCAGUCACAGUUCUUGAAAACAACUAUAAAAAUAGUUGACCUUGACCCUAAUGAUGUUGUAUGCUUUUGUAGGUCAUAAAGAUGAACCAGCAGGAGAACUCCAGUACAAGUUUUGAUAAUCAUUUAAAUAUAGGCCGUAGUAAAAGUAGAAGUGCUGUUUCAGCUUCUCUACAGAAGAAGAAGUGAAAAAGUACAAAUUGAAAUAAACUCAAAGUUAAAAGCAGCCCAUCUGAAAAGCUUUUUUUUAGCCAACUUUGUUAGUGUAAAGACUGCUGGGUCUCAAGUAAUGUAAAGGAGUGUUUUAAUUCUAAUUUAAACUGGAAAUUAAUGACAAAAAUUAAUCUGCAAAUUAAAUACAUUACUUUCAGUCAUCCAUUUGGGUUAAAAUUGGUCUGGAUGUUGUGUAAAAAUGCUGCAAAUUAUAACAUUAUUAUUUCACUCUUUAAUACUUACUUGACAAUUAAGCAUACUUGUAAAAAGUAAGGAGUAAAAGUACAGGCACAUGGGUCAAAAUGAAGACAGGAAUGUAAGAAUAAAUCUAGUAUAAAUGUCAUGAAAGCUUCUCUUAAAUAUGGUAAAAAAAAAAAAAAAAAGAAAGUAUUUGUGUUUUGUUAACUCUGGCCUCUGCAGAAGGGAACAGGUAGAGCCCUUCAGCCGAACUGGAAACAACCAUCAAUCAUAACUCCAUCUGUUGCUACUGCACCUGGCACUGCAGUGACCCUGCUCUGUGAAGGUCUAGGAGGGGUGGAGAGGGGGAAUCCUGCCUGCAUAAUGACUUUUUUCCGUCCGUUACAGCAUGUCCCUGGUGUCUCUGGAUGGAAUAGCUGUUUCUAUUCCUGAAAGUAGGAAAAUUGCUCUAAAAAUGUAUAUGACACAAUGUAUCCUCUCUAACUGUUGGUGAGAGGUUCUUAGAGGAGGUGUGGGCAGGAUGUUAUAGUGCAGGGCUGUGCAGCGUGGGCUCACUUUUUUCCUCAUGUAAACCAGGCUGUCCUUACUUUAAAAAGCUUGUUUAAAGUGGAACAAGGACUCUGUUUCAACACUGCAUAGACUGUAAAGCUUUACAAUGUCACUCCUGCCUGCAGCGUUUUCAGCUAAAGAGACCUAAUUCGACUCUAAAUGAUGAAUAUGUUGCUGCAGAUUUUGUCUAUUGAUAUAUUAUGUUCUCAUAAUCCUCUAUAGCCUUUGAACUUUUCCAUUGGCUCUCUGUUUUGUCCUCAGUAUCACAGGGAGUGGCAGGAAAGGACAGAAAGCUGGAGUGAAAGUUGAACCUUACCCUGGGACUCAUUUGGCUGCUACUUUGAAUAUAUUCAAACUGAGAUGAUUGUAAUACUUUGCAUGAAACAAGACUAAAGCUUAUUGUCUGACUAAAGAGGGCAGGUUUUGAGUGUGUUCUUAAUAAUAGCAUGCUGUAUGUGCUAGAAAAACAUGGGUAGUCUGGUUUGGAAAAAAGGGUGAAAGGUUGUUGAAGGCAAUACUAAAUUAAUUCCCUUUCAGUUGUUGUUUCAGAAUAUUCACAGAGUUUGCAUCUCUUACAGCCCUGGGUAAGACAUCCAGCUGAUUUAGUGCAUAAUUCACAAGAGGAUUCACAGAGAGAUAGACAAGGAUGGCUCUGUAAAGGUUUGGGAGCUGAGAACAGUUUCUAAAGUUUGGGAAUUCAGAUUUCAUCUGCCUACUUAUUCUACGUCUGCUUUGUUGUAUUUUCUGGAUGAUGCAUAUGCUAUUAAUCAUGCCUACUGAAGCAUGUGAGCUACUCAUGCCAUAGGUGCUAGUGCAUACCUAUACAUCACAAGUGCUGGCUUUUCAAUUGUGCACUUUAAACAGACAGGUUGGUCCUGCUUUCUUGAGAGCAGGUCCACGAUUUCCAAAAAGAGUGUAGGAGAGAAGUGGCUGGUGUUUCUGGAUCAUGUCGAUAUACAUGGUGUCCUCUGUUUAUGGCAUAGUUUAAAAAAUAUAUAAUAAUUAAAGUAUUUUUUGGGGGUGAUUUUGCCUUUUAUUGAUAGUACAGGGUGAAAUGUAGGGAGAUAGAUAGAAAAGGGGUAGGACAUGCAGCACAUGGUCGAACCCGUGACCACUACGAGGACCGUGGUCCCCAUACAUGGGGCACACUAACCUACUCGGCCAUCUUGUAUGGUAUUGUUUUAACCUGUUUUCACAGUUAAGUGAUUUGAGCCUUUGCAUUAAUUUCCACUGAAGUGCCAUGUUUGUUUUAAUGCAGUGUAGAGGGUCUAAAAAAUCAUGACUGUCCUUUCUUUUUUUGAGCAGAAAUGUCUCCAAUUUCGCUCAGUCAUUUAAUAUUAUAUUUCCAACAGCCCCUCUGAAAUACCUUUGCUAAACUCAGGUAUCAUAUAAACCUGUUACUUGAUUUUUGAGUUGUCUUGUUUAAGAUUGUUUAGUUGUCUCUUUAAAUAUUAAUUAAUAUUCAACAUGUUACUUCUUUAAAGUGUGUUUUAUCUUGUUUCAUAAAACUAAAUUAUGCAGUUUGAUUUGAUGUUAGUUUUUCACUAAUUAGUGUGUUUUUAUCAACAUUUUUUCCCCCAACUUCUCUGAAUUGGGAUUGCUUUUUUUUUGUAACUGCAUACAACCCUCAGUUAUGACUUUUGAUGCAGCACAGCCUCACAAGUAGCCACACACACCAGCCACCUGAAACAAUCAGGGUACUUCCUCUCUUUGAGCUGCAGAGAGAACAAGAGCUGAACUUUUAUUUGGUUUUCCACAUCAAUACGUCAGCUUGAGCUCAUGCUGGUGAGGCCAGAGGAGAACAGGAAGGGGACCAAAAAGUGGAGCCACUUUUGAAUUGAGUUUUAAUACUUCUUUGUUUGUGGUUCAUUUUUCAAUAGUUGACCUUAAGAGUGUUGCUUUGGAUCAGUUUGAUCUGAAUUAGAAGUGUUUUUCCAUUUUGCUGAGCGCUGUGUGACGUUCCAAAGCUCAGACGCUCAGUUAUAAUGGGCCAUCUGUCUGCAUGUGUCUCAGCCUUCGGUUAUGCAUGUGGAGUGUGAGGAGCGCAAUGUUUUAAGCUGUAAGGAGAGGUUUAUUUUGGUGAUGAUUCAAAAUGUUGAAUAUGUGCCUUAUUUUGCCUCGCAUUGCCCAGAGCAAGGAGAUAAAUUUCCUCCUCAAUGAGUCCUGUAAAACCUGAAAAAAUUCUCAAUUUAAACUUCCAUUCAGAGUUGGAUAUUGAAGCCCGUCUGAAUGAAAUGCCUUUUGAAUUGUCCUCUCUUGGAGGACUGCUUUUGUUGCCCUCAGCUCAGUCAGAAGGGAGAUUUAGUGUCCCAAAUGAUGUGGAAUGAUGAGCUAUCGACCAGGCCCAGGCUGCCGUGACGUACGCUCCUGUGCUCAAUACCCUGCAGAGAAUUUACUCUUUUAUCAUUUGAUAAGCCCCAUCAGAUCAGGGAAAAGUACAUCCAAAUCGUACCCGUUUUUCACGCUGCUGCUUUUGUUGUGCAGUAAUUUUAGUGUCUGUACCUACCUUUUGAUAAAAUGGUGGAAACACUGGAGGUAUAGAGUCCCUUUCUGUGUUGCAGAGGGAGGAUUUUUCUGUUAAGAUCUCCUGUACAUGCAGGGGCGUGCAUGUGAUUAGAGGGGCAGGGUACAGUAUGUAUGCACCCUAAAACUAAGAAAGGACUACUGUGACCGCUGCUAUGAAGCUUAGUUGGAGCAGCAAUGUUUACAACUGCAAAGUCACAAUAAAGUCAAUAUCUGGAAGAAGUUUAAGAAUUGUAUCAAGAUAGUCAGCCAACACAGACAGCUGUCAUAUUUAAUCAUUCUUAACUCUCAUCAACAGGUUUGCUCCUGUAAUAUGACUCAUAUUUGAGCACGUUGAAUAAGUUGAAGGCAGCUUGUUAGCCCCCACGGAGGUCAUGUUAAUUGCUUUAUAACUCACAAAGGUUCAAGUCGCUCCACUGAUGCGUCUCAUCAGUUAUCCUUAAGACAGCGGCUUCUCUCUCUCUCUCUCUCUCUCUCUCUCUCUCUCUUUCUUUCUCUCUCUCUCUCUCUCUCUCACACACAAAACACACACACACACAACACUGUAUUAUAAGAAAAUAGGUACGGUAGAUAAAAGUAGUGUUUUUGUGUUUCUGUGUGUAUACGUUUUUUUGUUUUUUUUUACAUCCCUAAGAGGAAAUAAUGAAAAAAAAAACACACACAAAGGCCAUUUUUAAUAUCAAACAAGAAGGACAGGUGCUCAAGCUCCCCUUGGGCCUGUUGUGUGCAUGUGCCUGUACACAUGUACUUAGUUAUGUAUUAUAAGAGUGAACACAGAAGAGAGGCAAUUUCUGACACCUUUCAAACAAAACGUGUUUAACUGUCAUCACAUGCUAUUUUUGUCUGUAGAGAAGUGACAAAACUAUAGUAACAGGAGUGUGAAUAUAGUUGCUACCAUUGUAAAGACGUCACUGAAGCCUGUCCUAUCAGUAUCUAUAUCAGUGUUCUUGUUACAAAGAACCACAUCCACCAGUAUCUGAAAUUCGCCAUAUCUAUUGAUAUUACAUGUACAUUUUUCUCACGGUUUCUGUGAGGGUUAUUUUCAGCCACAGUAAAAAACUUUCCACCAAAUAAACUCAGACACCGUCUGUUUGACAUCAGCCCAGUGUUAAAACACAGACAUAAAAAGUUAGCAAUUACCUGUGGAACAAUAAUGAAGCAUUUAGUAGAAAAUUACCCAGGUUUUUAAAUCUCCAAGGCCAGUGGUGAAAAAAUAAGAUCUUCAAAACAGGGCUAAAAAUGUAAUUUGUAUUCACCAGAUGAUGAGAAACAUGAUCCCAAAUGAGCGAUAAUGUUUAGUGUCGUCUGCUGGUAUAAUUUCCCACCAAAUUCUGCAUAUUCAUGUUGAAGAUGAUAACAUUUGAAGUAAGGCUUAAUGUAGUAAGUGGGUGGUUAUGCAAAGGAUCAGGGUGAGGAACGCAAUAGCACCGAUGUUCUCACCAGCUCCUCUGGCGGUGUCUGGACAGGAUCUUGCUCCUAUUUUCCCGUCAGAGAUAGUGGUGUAAUGACUGUUGUUUCCAAAUAACAGCUCAGCCCAAGAUGGAAAUUAACGUCUUUGCUACAGUUUUCAUUCAUUUUAAAUGUGUCCAGAAACUCAUUCAUGUUUUGCCACAUUAUCAGUGGGUAGAGGUAAAAUGUGCUGCACACAGAGCCAUCGCAGUAUUCCAGCAUCGAUGAAAACCAUCUUUAAAAAGACAAAAUUAGUGAUAUUGUGCCAAAAAUAAGCAUACAAUGAUAUCUUGAGUUUGGUCUUGCAAUUCUGAACAUGAUAGAUGAAGAAGAAGUAGCAGACUGCUAGUAAGCUAACUGAAGUAAUCCCAUCACUUUUAGAGCUGGUAUUCAAGACUUUCUGUAUUACAGCUUGUGCCUCAACUGAACAUUUACACUUUGUGAUCCUUCUCUCAAUUUUUUCUGUUCAGUUAGGAAACUUAAGAUCUACUGGGAGUAGCAAACAGGAUGUGAUGCAACUGAAGCCCAAGAUAGAAGAAAUAUCAAAGCAUCAGUUAUGAGGCAACAUCUUACAAAGAAGCGUCAAUCACAGGGGUGAUGAUAAACCAUUAAUCUAAAUACUGUUUGAGAUCAAUGAUGACAUGCAAGGUAAUUGCAUUUAAUAGAUAAAUUAUGAAGUAAUGUGUUGAUCCACCCUUGUUGCUGUCUUUCCUUAUUUGUGUUGUUUUAUUUUUAAGUUUUCCAUAAAUAUCACAAUAUUUUAUGGCAUUAUUAACCCGAGUUAAAAUCUGAUCAAAGCUGGACUACUUGAUUUGGUAUGAUAUGAUCAGCUUGUCCCUUGUGUCACUUCAAAAUGAAUAUUUUGACUCAUCAAAACCAAGUAUUUUACUCAAAUGGGUAAGAAUAAUGUACUUACAACUGUUUCUGCUGCCCUUAAAUACCCAAAUAGUCUUGUGCUAGAGUUUGGUUUGUCUCUUGUAGACUUUUAUCAUGCUCGUCACAGUCGAACAUAAAGUCACCAGUGUAGACUGAUGUCUCUCAAAGACUAAAUCAAUUUGGAAAAGAAAGCUUUGAGGUUUUUUUAAACACCCUUCUCAUAGAACAACCUACAAACUGAUAUUAUUGAAUAUCUUAACCUCUAACCCCUGAAUUUUUCCAAAACUUUGAUAAAAUCUUCUGAAUUUAGGUUUGAGUGAAACAUUAUUUAAUGUCACUGUAAACUUGUUUGGGUUGUUUGUGUAUUUUUAGAGUAUUUUCUUAAAGGCAGGUAUCACUUGAGGAAAAGAUCCCUGUCUGAAUGGGACUAAACUGGUCAUGAAAUGUUAGAAAUACAGUAGAAUGAGUGUCUACAAUCAACUCCUGCACAAGCAGAGCUUUGCAGAAGCAAAGGAUGUGAAAGACAUUGCACAAGGUCAGAAAAAAUCAGGAUAUUGAAGUAAAUUAUAUUUCCACACACUUAUUCUGCAUCAUUACACAUCAGUUGGAUACCACAUCAGAUCUCAAGAAAGAGUUGUUAAUUACACAGGAAAGUCAAAGAUGCCUUACAUGGUUAUUUUGAGAAAUGACAAACUGAUUUUAAUGAAAUGUUUGUGUCCCCUGACAAAUUCUCAACUCUGUAUUAAAGUCUGCAGCAUGCAAGCCAACUGUGAAACAAAUUUCUUGCUCAUUAUUUGAAUUGUUGACUGUCGUGUCACUCAAAUUAUUCAAAGCUCAUGUUUUAGUGCACAUUCAUCCCAACAAACAUUGCACCAAAGAGAGAACAGAUCCCACAAGAGUCUUAUGUAAAUGUUAAUUUGUGUUUAAUUUUCCUACCACCCAAGAGCCUCGGUGUGCUGAAUCUAAACCACGCUGAGCUACAAAACACUCUCCUGAAAAACUAAGCUUUAAGAACGACUUUGAAUAAGCUUAUUCCAUGCAAGGUAAUCCUGGUUGUCUAAUUUUCUGAAGAUUUUAUUUUUCUGUUGGAUUUUAUUGUAUUAUUAUUGUUGCUCUUAUCAUUUCAGGCAGUGUUGUUCUGUUCUUCCUUAAUAUAGGCCUUUGAGACUCAAUUCUCUUAAUCUGUAUUUAUUCAUACCCACACUGAUCUUUUAAAUCAUAUCCUUAGGCACAUUUGAUUUGAUUUUACCAAGAUAAUAAGUUUGACUAAAAAACUGAGAUGAAAAACUGCAGUGAGUAAUACUCUGAGUGAAUAGAGAAAUUACUACAGGAAUAAUUAAAUCUGAAUUAUUUAGUUUUCAUUGUUUCGAAAGCCAGAAGCAACUGGCAAAAAUAUUUUUCUGCAGGAUGUAACAGACAUCAGCUUUUCAUGUGUUUUAACUCAGCUGGUUGAUAUCUCUCUGUCGCAGUAAUAGUCAAUCCAAAUGUAUGCAGCCUCUCAGUAUAUUUACUGCAGAGGAACAGCCCACAGCCUCUGCGGAUUUUACAGCCUUUGUGUUUCAGGAGUGCGGUGGAGCAUGGAAAAGGUUCUGGUUUCUGUUUGUUGUUUGGAGCCCAAGAAAAAUACAACCAAUAAAUUAAAGCAGCGUUUAGUGUUUGUAUGGAGAGCAAAAGCAGGCGGAUGAAAUCCACAGUUAGCACCCUGGCUCUAAAGGGUGGUAAUAUGACAUCUGACUAUGAUAUCUUUGUCUUAAUUUAAACAGAUAUCUGCUUAUAGAUUCAGGUAGCAUCAGUUCCAGAUUAAGCAUUACAACUUGAGGGACAAAGAUCCUCUAAGCCAAUCAGUGGUUAUAAUUCCCAUCUGCCUGUAAACAUUUUGAAAAUAGUUUUCUCCUCUUGAGGACAGACCUGACUUUACUUGACUUUUUACUUCUUACAAAUCUGUAUCUUGCCAUUGUUACUUUUAAGUAACAUUGUCAUUUUUAAGGAAAUCACAAGUCUUUUUUUUUAGGUUCACACUGCUGAUGGGAGUCAGAAAUAGGCAUUUUUUGUAACUUAUUGUCUGCUGUUGAACUGAGACCUGAAUCAAGCCGAUCAAACAGCUGCAGGAGAUGAAACAGAACAAAAGGAAGUCAGAAAAAGAAGUCGUGGCUGAAUUUUUUUAUGCUGUUUCACGAAAUCAUUAUGCACUGUUGUUUGACACUUACUGCUGACUUCACCUGAACCACUGAUUGGAAUCCAUUCCUACAGGCAUAAUGUCUGACAUUGACAGAUGACAGUAGACAGAACAGCCAUUCAAAGCUGGAGUGAUAUGUGGCAAAGGAAUCCUGUAGCCUCAUCUGGACUUAAAAAGUUUAUUUCAAUCAAAGAUAUUAAUUGACCAAUCAAAUCACUGUGUUUGUAAAAAACAUAAAAACAAAAACAAAAAAUGCAUGUUCUACCAUUUGCUCAAUAAAACAUUGAUAACAGAGUGAGUUUCAAGUUGCAAUGGAUGGCCAAGUUCAGCUGCCCCUGAGAUAACUGGUAAACAGUAAAUCAACUAUUUGACAGUAUCCAGGAAAAAGCCAAUAGAGUUAAACUACAGAAUAAUAGUUUGAUAAUUAUCUUAAUCUGCAAAAGUGAAAGAAGCAGUAGAAAUUAUUUGAAAUGGCGAAAAGUAACGGAUGUAUGGUUGUAGUAGCCAGCUGCCAGAGAUGAAUGCUAAGUUGAAACAGGUAGUGAAAAUGGAUUAGCUGUUUGCUCAAUAUAACAUUAAUCUAGAUAAAUACAAGUAGUUAAAAUUGAUUUUAAAAAAUAAAAAAUUGUUGAGCUUACUUCAACUGAACUUAAAAAGUGACAAACAGUCAUUCAAAGAUGGUCAAUAAAAUUUAGUAAAAUAACUAGCUAAGUAAACAGUUGAUUGAGUUUAAUGGGUAAAAGUAAUCUGUGGAGUAGAAAGCUGAAAUUAUCAGUACUCUGAUAUGUAUAAAAAGUUUAAUUGUAAGAACUGAAAUUAAAAGCGGUUAGCUACAGUGUUGAAAAACACAGUUUAAAUAGCUGAGAAGAAAUGGACAAGUUUCUGAGUAAUGUUUUAGUAUAAAUUUGAACAUGCUGACCUGCACUGACGGUUCAGUUUAUUGAAAAAAUAUCCAACAUUCAUGUUUACAUAAUCAGUUACUUUAAAACCAGCUUGUUCGAAAUCCAUUAAAAUUCACACUUGCAACAUGAAACUGUUGAUGUAGGACCACUUAUGUUGACCUGAUAGGUCUGCGGUUUUGAAACCAAUUUUCCUUUAAUGACAUAUUGACAGAAACUAAGCAGGAGCCUCUCUGUCUAAACACCGUAUGAGUUUAAAUUCCUUUCAACAUUCAAUCAUUCUCCUAAAACUUGUUUCAGAGAAAGCUGAGCCUGGAGAUGUGUCCAAAUGAGUUUCCAUGUGACAUAUGCUAAGUUAUGUAUGUCCUGUGUGUUUGUUUAGGUGUUGGCUCUGUUUGAAGAGGGAGAGGAGACAACCACCGCCUUUGUUGAGCCUGUUGUCAUCCUUCUUAUCCUCAUCGCCAACGCUGUUAUCGGAGUCUGGCAGGUGAGAUCCACCUUUCAUCCCGUCUCUCUGUGUAAAUAGUACACUCAUGAGUAACAUUGUCUCUCUCUACAGGUUUUUUUUUUUUAUAUAUAUAUAUAAAGCCUCAGACUGUACAAGAGAACUGUGAAUUAAGAAAGUCUAACCAUGAAUUCAACUUUCUUAUGCUCUAUUUGAACUGGCAACAUGAGUUAUACAUCUGCAUAAGCCAAAACCAACCAACCAAUAUUUCUUUUUAUUAUAAAUAAAGUGGCUGUGAAAGGUUUGACUUUCCAGUUGUAAAUAUUUGCCAGAUUGAAACAGAGAACAGUUUUGAAAGCUUAUUUUUGAAGUUGUCAUCAGCUACACCUUGAUCUGUGUGUGACCUUCUGCUAUCAUAUUUGGUUUUCUGUUUUCUAUUUGAUGGUUAAACACAAAUUUCCUGGUAAUGCCAUUAAAGAGUAUUGACAUAACCUUUAACUGCACAUUUUAUUGCAUAUGAUAUAGUUGUAGUAUAGCCAAAACAAACACGUAUAUGAAGAGCCUUGCAUGUUUAAGUCUUGGAUUGUCUGUAAUAAGGAUGCAGGAACUUCUGAUCGAGGUCUUAAAAGUACUGAUGAUUGGUAAAUGCCAAGCCAAAUUCAAUUUUUGUGGUAAAUAUUAUUAUUUUGAUUUUAUUUUUGAGCUUGAUCACUUUUUCAUCCACUCAAUAUUUAUCCAACCCAGACAUCAUCCAGGUGAAAGGCCCUCAUUGAAAAGUGUCCACUAAGAUCUUUGUACACUAAUAUGUAUUUGAUUUUAAGUGGAUUGAGCCCAGGUCUCUAAACCAGCAGAAAGGAGAAAGUUUAUGUCACCAACUGUCUUUUGUGAAAUUGAAAGUUUCCCCAUAAACCACUGGGCACCUUUUGUAACCACCUCUCAGAUUGCUUGGCAGACCUUCAUUAAGAGGUCACGACACUCUAACCUGGCAAUCUUCUGAAAACCCUGUAAAUGUCAGGGGUAUUUACUGCUCUGUUAUAGUUGUGUUGUCUCUAAUUGGUCUAAUAUAUCCAAGUUCUGACAGUAAUGCACAAAGUCUGCAAAUGAAUUUGUAUGCAGUGUUGUGGUGGAGUUGCCAAACUUUUAAAUCCAAAGAGGGCACCAUUAUAAAUGCAAACUAUGAAUUUUAAACAGGAACACUGUUUCGUUCUUAAAUCUUAAUUGUUUGAACCCUUUGGAUGAGGAGUGAGUACAUUUCCUUUAUACACAGUAGAUUCUGACUGAUCCUGUAGGCAAGUCUGGAGAUUUGACUCAUUACUUAAGUAACUGUGCAUUGAGUAAGAAAGAACGCAACACCUGUCUUAGUGGAUAGACGCUCAUUGCUGUGAUGUAGUGCAUCACUGCAGAUGUCUAAAAUUGAAAAAUAUCCAUGAACCACCCGCUUUUGAUCUGAAUUUCUACCAACAAAACAAUUUAGACUAACAGUUAGGUCAUCAUAGUUGCUAACAUUGACGUUAGCUUGCUAACAGUAAUAUUACCAAUGAUUCAAGAAUACUUAACAUAGCAUCUCACUCACUUCUAUCGGUGCAUUUUUUACAGAUGUUUGAGUUUCUUUUAUUGGCUUUUCCAUGUAUUUAACAUUUUGUAUUUCUCCUACUUGCAUUUCUGCUAAAUUCUUCAAAGGCAAAACACACCAUUUGUGGCAGCUUAUAGGCAUCCUGGCAGAAACUGUUGCUGACCGAUGAUAUGCAAGUAAACAUACAUGCCAGCUUCCGGAAAAAAAACAAUACGGUAUUAGGAUCUUACACAAACAAACCACGUUAGAGUCAUAAGUACUUUUAUCCAAGUUCAAGCCUUAGGUCUUAAAUGUCAAGACUUAAGUUUGGACUCAAGGCGGAGUACUGAACUGGAGUCAGUAGGUGGGUUUACAUGGCCACUUUUUUUGCCAGUCUGAUUGCAAUAUUUGUAAUUGAAAAGUCUGUGUCAGUGUCUGUGUGAGCAGUUGUCGACAACCUCACAUCAAUUGUAUUUACCCCAGUGUUAAAUAAACUCUACCUGCUUUUAAAAUGAUGUAUUCCUGUUUUUACCCAUCAAGCUAACUAUUGAUUUUCAUUUCUCAUUAUAUGUCUAAAGCAACCCGUGUUUCAUUGUCUGUCUUGCUCUGCUAUGUUGCUUCAAAAUGUUCGCAUUCAAUUUCAAGUCACGAGUAACAAGCAUGUGCCAAACACUUGCCCCCAAACUACAGUUGCAGUGAGUGUAUAAAUGUCUGCCCUUGAUGGUCUAGUGGCAGACACUUUUAUAUCCAAAAAUGUUAUAUCACUGAAGAUGAUUUGAAGAUGAUAAUAUCUCUGGAAGGUAACUUAACAAAAAGGCAACAGUUAAAUUUAAUAAACCUGUCUAUUAUUUAUAAGCUACAUAGCACAUUAAAUGUGGUGAAACAACUAUAAAAGUAACAGAAUAAUGUAAAACAAGAAGCCUUACCUGUAAAAACAGGAAGAAGACAUGUUGAGUAUGCACUAAACAGAAUGAUGUGUUUUAACAAUUGUCCCUGUUAUUGUAGAUUUUUGUACAAAAUGGUGACUUUGGCUGAGAGAAAGGGCUCUCUGUUUUCUGUCCAGUUGUUCAUUAUACAAGAAUAUCUUAAAUUUUUUUAUGUAGAAUAUCAAACUUAAUUAACUGCAAAAAUCUUUGACAUAACUUUAACUGUUCUCCAUUUCACAUCAGGAAAGAAAUGCUGAGAAUGCCAUUGAAGCUCUGAAAGAGUACGAACCAGAGAUGGGCAAGGUGUACCGCAUGAACCGUAAAGCCGUCCAGAGGAUCAAAGCCAGAGACAUCGUCCCAGGGGACAUAGUAGAGGUGGCAGGUAAGCACUCGGCCAAACUCUCGCUGUCACUCACUGGUACUAAUUUAUGCUCAGGAACACACACAGAAACCCACUCAGAGACUCACUCAGCCUCUGCCAUCCAUUCAUGUGUCUGGAAACACUGCUGGAAUAUCCCUGACUGGAUUACAUAAGAGCCUUUCCCCUGGAUGUGCAGGUGCGGGAGCUGCUGUUUGUGUGUGAGGGUCUGUGUAAGUGGCUGUGGUCACCCCUCGUAUUUAAGGCCCAGUUUAAUUUUCCACAGCUUUCCCCCCGUUUCCCUCUGCUUUCCAUGCUCUCAGUCCCACCACCUGGACUCUGCUGGAUGUUUGUCAGCCUCUCACUUACACUCCCUUAGGUUACACACAUACACACUUACAUUCACACAUAUGUACAAUCCCGCUGCUGUACACUCACCCAUGUGUGGGCAGCAGCCUUGUCUAAAAAUAGUCCCGUUGUCACUCUGCUUCCAGAACAUCUGAGUGUGUCAGUGUUAAUGUUGGAGCACACACAUGUACCAACCAAGGAGAUCAGUUCACGGUUAAAAUGACUGAUGUUUCUGAGUGGAAUCCUCGGCUGCACGUGGUGGUGAUGCGGCUGAGACGACUCGGUGUGGUGUGUGGGAAAGGAGGGGAGAUCACAACGUUCAUUCAUAAUCACAGCACGAAGAAUCAAGGAGAAGGAUUAUACACGCUACACUGGUUACAGUGAAGCCUUGGCGCUGUUCGAUUUCAGCUCAAGGGUUCAAAAAUGGAAAUGAGAUCAUCCAUCCAAAUAACCAUCACCGAGAGCUCAGCAGACUGGCUUUUCAAAGAGUCAUGCUGCAGCCAGAGUUUGAAACAGAUUUUUGGUUUAGGUUCUUUUUUCAAACUGAAAUAUGACAGUGUUGUUGAUAGUCACAAGUCCCUUUAUUUUUUACUAUGGCAACCAGGGCAGCACAAUAAAUCAUUGUCAUAACUGUUAAUAUAAACACAUACAGUACCAUUUCCAAAAAAGACCUCUUGCAUUGAUUGUUUUUGUAAACAAAACCUAGAUGCAGAGUUCCAUGUACUCACAUUUGGCAAUAAUAUUAAACUAGCCUCUGAAAAAGGAGUAAACAGUUUGGGGGGACUGCAAAGUUAUCUGACACUAUGGUAGAAAUAGCGAUAAAAUGUUGUGAAUUAAGAGAUUUUGACAAAGAACAGUUUAUUUUAAACUAUUUGGAGUCAGAAGAUAGAAUAUUUUACACAUACCAGUACUGUGUACUCAAAGUCAGAAAAGCAAGAAACUUGAAAAAUCCCAUACAGUGUAAUGAAAAGCACACUUUCCUUGCCUGUAUAUACUGUAUGUACUUUUCUAUACAGUAGUCACACUCCAGCCAAACAACCCUGUAAAGUUGAUGGUAUAAAGCCUCUGCACUGUUUCUAUGAACCACCUCCUGGAAAAGAGUAGCAUGAGGGAAUUUGAGUCCACUCCUGUGGUGACAUAACAACAGGAGUGAUUUUGCAUGUGCAAACAUGCGACAUCUGCAGCGUACUUUAACUAUUAUAUUAAACUGCACACCAAUCUUAAUCCAAAGCAGGCAUUAUAACAAGCAGAUUGCUGUUCUAGCUUGCACGUGCUUUGAUGGAAUUUAAGGGGGACAGAGUAUGAAACCUUGCCUUGUUUGGCUCCUCAUACCUUAAGGCUGGUAUUAUUUUAAACUAAAUGUUACCACUAUCUCUAUACCUGUGGUGACUGGCUGCAGUAUGGAUUAUAAAGUACGCCUCCUCUACAAUAACAGAUGGAUCAUGGGUCCAGAAACUAGAAUAUUAAAAUACAUUUAAUAAAUAACUCUUGUGCAUACUUUGUCAUGACAAUGAUUUUUAUCAUGCUGCAAAUAUGUGUAAAAUAACAUGUAUAGUACUGACAUCCAAAUAAACAAUCCAAUAAACAAUAAAACAAAAAAGAGAGAAAGGUUAGUGGUUCUGGUCCUACAGUGUUACCUGUAGGGCUGCUGGGUGCAGGUCAGUUGGUCAGUUUCCCUGCAUACUUUUCACUUUUGUGUUUCAAGGACUAACUGUGCUAACAUGCACAGGAUGAAGCUAGAAAUCUGUCCAUUUUGCAACAACAAUUAUUGAAAGUUCAGAGAGAGCCACCAGAGAAGAACCUAAAAAGACUUAAAACAUGACGGAUCAAGUCUGCACAGCUUCAGUUGUCAAUGAGACCUGGCUUCUAGAAACACUCAGAUGAAGUUCAUGAACUUUGACCUUGGUUCAAUAGCUGCAUCUGGCCAUAAAAGUGUGUUGGCCCAAAUUUGGAGUCUGAUAAACAAAAUACAUAUAUUUAAAUUAACAGUUUGAAGUCCUUCUUAAUAGCAGCUAACAUUUUUUAACCUUGAGCACAAAAUUACAAAAGUCGUCAGAAAAUAUUUGUCAGAAAUUUGACUGAGACACGUAUAAAACAUCAUGAAAAGACAACUUACUGCUGCAUUGUGUUAAAUCUACUGAGUUAUUUCUUGUUCUUUUUGAAUGUAGUUUUCUUCAGGUUACACAUGCCUGAAAAAGUCAAAUACACCCUCUUUCUGUGCCUGUUUAUGUGACAGGUAACACUUCCCUGGAAUUCAGGCUUGUUUCGGCCGGAGUCUUCAUUCACACAUGUGCUCACACAUUGCCAGACUCAGACAAGCCCACACAGGUAGAGAGAUCAAAAAGUGCUCCACUCUCAACCCCCUUCACUAGCACCUACCGCCACUACCCCUGUCACUGUCAACACUAAUAGUGUCACCAUGACAACACUGCAUGCUCGGCUCAUUCCUAUGACGCUGAAGUUCACAAGGAGUUUAGACAGCGCCUGUGAUGAUGAAGUGGAGGGAAGAUGGAUAUGAACCAUCAACCAUCUGCUGUUUGGAUGGAAUAUUUGGUGUUAUUGUUGUUAUUUUAGCAGCACCUGGUGGGCCCAUGAUGUGUGGAAGAGUGAGGCUGAAAAACAAAACUGACUGUUUUUUUUCAUUGUAUCCUAUAGCAGCUCAGCCGAUAAUACAAAGAACAGAGGGAGAAACAUGAAUAUGGCCAUCAGAUAUAACACCAUCUGAAAUUAAAGAAAACGGUUGUCAAUCACACAUUCAGAACAAAAAAAUGUGAUGUUUAGUUUUUGUGAAAAUAAAGACAAGUGCCAUUAUAACCCUUACAUUAUAAAAAAGUUAUUACACAUUGCAGGAUAUUUGAUUCUGAUAGGUCAAUACUCAGUUGCAGCUGUCUGUUAUUUCAUGGCAGCAUACUGUUGCUAUAGAUACGACUCUAAUCACGGAGUCCAGGCAAAUACACUGUAACCAUAUGAACCAACUGAAAGUUGUAAUUAGUUUGACAUCAGCCGAGUUAUGUUGGGGGGAAAAAGAAAAGAGACAGAAAUAACAGAGACAAGGCAAGAGAGGUUAAAGAGACAAAAAAAGAGAGGCUGAAAUAGAAGAAGUAAGAGAUAAAGUAUGAAGUAUAUACUUUAUAGACAAGCGUAUGAGAUGUGGUGGUGUUUAAUAAGUGAUAAAUGUAAAAUAAAAUGUUAGAGAUUCUGAAAAGUGUCUUUUUUGGACUUUGUCUCUGGAAUUAUUUAGUUUAAUGUGAGUGAUAACAGCUAAGUUAGUUUGGUUGAAGAGAGCUACAGAGGAAACUGCUAUCAACACUGGUACCCACAUUGUAAGUGAAGCCGACCACUUUUAGAGUGAUGACAUAUGACCAAUUCAAAUCUUUGAAAAUGUGUCAGAAUCAAAAUUUAAUGUGAAAUUGCUGAUUUGUAAAAGCUCCAAUGAGGAUCUUAAUAUUCCGUCAAUUUUGGCGCCCCCUGUGAUCAAAGCAGUCUUGCACAAGUGGCAUACUUUGAUGUUAAUCUCUUCUGGCUGACUUUCAACCACCUAAUGUAUCAUUUGUUGGCUGACACCAACCCCCUUACACUGGUUUGACAUAUCAAUAAUUAUAAUACAGUAACUGUCAAUCAUUUUACAGAGGGUUUUGUUUUAUUUUGUGUAUCAUACAGAGGAGUCAAUAUAAAUUUCAGUCUAUUUGAUAAAAGGUUUAAAAAAGUCCUCCUAGGAGCUAUGAGUGAGCAACCAUUUAUUUAUGAAUAGUGAGCACAUUUGUUUUGGCAAAGGGUCCCCUCUAGGAUCUGCUAGAGGAACCUUCUCACUGUAUAUUAUCUCUUUCAUGAAGUAGGUGAUAAGGACAUAGAAACUAUCAAAUCCACCUGCACCUAAGCUUUGGACAAACACAGUUUAAUAUCCAAAAAACAGAAAUACAUGAGAGAUAACUUUAAAAAUGAAGAUUGUGGGUUUAUCUGCUUCAAAGACAGCCUGCUAGGCUGUUUUUUAUUUUAGCUAGUAACUACCCCACCCUCAUCCCUCCUACUCUCUCUUAUCUGCUUUUUUAAUGCCGUUGUUGGGUUGAGUUCUUGUUAUUUAUAUUGUGCCAUUUAAUUUAGUAAUUUAAUGGAUUACUGAUUAUAAAAAAACACUGAAUAUCCCACUGUUCAACAAUAACUCUUUAAUUGCUGCAAUAAAGAAAUAAUAAAAGCUACAACAGCCAAAAUGCAAGCCAAGUGUAGGUAUCACUAAAAUACAUGGAUUAUAAAAACAAAUGCUGGGCUGAAGCAGCAAUAACAGCAGUUCACACAGACUUAUGGCUUCAGUGGCGAUAAUGAUGGUAAAUGUAUGCGUACAGUUUUCAGGAGCAGCAGGGAAAUGAUAAGAGACUGAUUAUAAUAUUAUUAAUAACAGUGGGUGAUGAUAAUAGAGGCUGAAAGGAUGAUAAUGAUAACAAAUUACAGCAGAUUAACAUUAGCAUUAUAACGGUGAUUAUAAAGUUAAUACUGGUUGAUGGUUGUGGCAAUUGGAGUCAGGCUGGUCCACAGUUAUUCAUUUAGCUUUUAUAUGUUAGUGUGGGGGGAGUGGAGGGGACCCUUCUGCUUGAAAAAUAAUGUCCACAAGACUUUUUACUGCUUUCUUUAAAACAGCGAAUUUGACUUUACCGUUAUACAUUCUUUUGAAGAGGCUCUACUGCUGCCCAAAUAACCAUCUAUGGCUGAAAAGUUAGGAUAUUUCCUUCCACGGCCUGCUGAGAGGUCUGCAUGGAGACAAAAGUGAGAAACUGUGUGUUGAAGUCGAGGCAUUAGUCAAAGCUUUAACUCCAUCUUGUUUUAAUUACAGAGCAUUAACCGUCUAAAGUUCACUUUAAAAAGAAGUAUGACUGUGCUGUUGUGCACACUGCUGCAUUUUUCUAAAACAAACACAGUCAUAUAUCAGGCUGCUUGGUUGUUUCUGACAUAAUCUUGUUGCUAAGCAGUUUUAAAACAUAAGUAAACAGCUGAGGUGGGCAUGGACUCUACCACACACUCCUCUCACUCAGAAAGUGUGUGUCAGGGAUGUUCACACACACCCUCCUGGCAGAAGCAUGUGAGUUAUACGGUGACAAAGAAAACACGUAAAUAUUUUCCUUUCCUUUAGUGAUUUCCCGGGCUUUCCUGAACUGCAGAUUAGGCGGCGGUUGUUCCAUGGGAACUGGAAGCUGUGUGAAGGUAUCGGAAAAGGACACUGCCGACCACAAGGGCUUUUAAAGAGAGAAAAGAACAUAAAUAUAUUUACUCAAGUUUCCACCACUGCUGCUUAAGUCUUCUUGUAGGUACAUUCCUGGUGAUGCCAGCCAUGGUUACGACACAGUUGUGAUUUUGCGCCUCCGCUGGAACUUUCCAGGUUUUUUAGAUGCGGCGGUCAGGAUGGAAACCUGCACCAAACUAUUCUCAGUAACAAGCCACGGUUAUCCUGCAUGUGAAGGAAGACCUCUUUGCCAGAAUAUUAUGCAAGACAUUCAGAAUUUGAUUGAAGUCCAUUUUUAACCAAAUGGAAAGGGAGCUCUGGCUCACCAAACCAGCAGACCUCCUCAUUAGUUUUAAUCCUACCCUAAUGUUCUUUGUCAAAUUUAUUCAUGACUUUUUAAAUGAUUUCUUGCUUUUGAUUUUCUGCGGCAGUCUGAAUGGUGGUGGGAUGAAUUUCAGAUCUCUUUGAUAUUAAAAAGACUGUGUUUCUGCACUCUGUAUCUGCAUUAGGAUUUAAAUUCCUCCUCUAGCAGAUGGAGAGCUUCUGUGGGAGGCUGGAUGGGGGAGCAGGAGUCUGGAGGUAGGCGUUUGAAAAGCCUCUUUUCUGCCCUUGGCCAGUCCUGCUACAGUGAACCUGUAGCCCCCAGCUGUCUCCCACACAAACACAUCACACACUUCUCUCCCCCUCCGCCUCUCCCACUCUUGUUCUCUCACAGCCCAUGGGUGUCAGACAGAGAAAUGUCGACAAAUGCAGAUAUUGAAGUCAUUCAGCUAAACACAGCAGCCUUAUCCUGGUUUCUGUCCCGUCUGGAGUGACUGUUUAAAAGAAAACCCUGACUGCUCACUCAGAAACUUACCAGUGUGAGACCAUUUUAAGAAGUUUUCACUGUGAAGUGUACUUUAGAGGAGAAAUUGCCUGUCGGUUGUCUACAAAUGUGAGUGAGGAAGAGCAAAAAUUCAACGAGAUUUCAAGAUCAUUCGUUUUGAAGAGACAGCAGAUCCUCGCAGCAUUCGUUAUCUCAGAAUAAAUGUCUUGUACAAUAACCAGAGGGAGUACAAAAACCAAACUGAUGUAUCAAUGUAGAUUUUCAGGCGUUUGUUCUUGCCCCGAGUAUUAGAUUUUCUGGCACCUUUUUUAAUGUCCAUAUUUACUCAUCAAUAUCUCUAGUUUCAAGUCUUUACAUUUCUAUAACAGCUCAGAUCUUUAACUUUAAAUGAGUAGUGUGUAGUAUUUAGCCGCACUGAGAAGAAUAGACUUGAUAGAAAUGGGAUAAAAUACUCAUGAGUGAGUUUAAACAGUACCAUCACCUCUGUAUAAAAACAGGUCCCAUAUCAGGAAGGCCACUGUCUUGCAGACCAUUAUUGUUUUUUCAACUAGCAGUGCCAAUAAUUAGAGAGCAGGUGAUUGAUAUUUGAUGCUAAAGUCACAUUGUUGAAGGGAUUUUGUUGUUGUAAAUUUGAUCAAAUACAGCAAUUUUAUCAUGUAGGGGGAAGUCAACAUUCACUUGGCAGCAGCCACACUGCUGAAGCAGCCUGCAGGGCCUAAACACAUGAUUUUUAAUUCCUUUUUUUAAUUGGCCUCAUGAGCAGAGACUUCAGCCAAGGCAAUUUAUUUCAAAAAACAAUUGUCUCCCAAAUUAAUGAACUCAACUGAUUCAUCAGUCAAUCUCUUUAUUCUGCUUUAGGCCAGAACUGACACACUAGUGACACACUAAUUUUGAGUUUAGUGAAAGGCCAUGCCAAAGGCACUGGUUGGAAAAUGGAGAACAACGGAGUGGUUGGUUGGCUAAAAAGAACUCGCACUGACACUGACACUGCACUUUUCCAGGUAGUCCAUAAACUGGAUAAACCAAGAUUCAUACUUACCAUAAAACACAUAGGUGUCGGGAAGGCAACAUGUGCUUCACAAAUGGAGGGGUGAGCAAGGGAGUGUUUCAGUCCGGAGUCUGACGGCUGCAUAUCAUUAAAUACUUCUAUUUCUGCACCGUGAACCAUUAAACAAGCUAAGUUCUCAGAGACAAGCUAACAGGCUAACGUUAGCACUGGCUGGGCUCUGUUGACAUCUUGUUUCUGUUUCUGCUUUUUAAUCACCUUUACUUAACUCAUAUACAGCCCAAAAUAUAUAAUUUGAAAAUGCUGGCAUUUGGCUUGUGUUAGCUAAUGCUAUUCUCUCCACUAGCACUGCAUUGUUAUUGAUGGCUAUCAUUACUGGAUAGUUAGGCUACCUAAAGUGGAUCUUCUUUUCUUCAUUCAAACAGUAGUUACUAAUGACAGCCAUGCAUUUGCCCUUGUUUAGUUUAUCGACUUAUUUGUCCGUUUUUUGUUAAAUAGUAUUAAUAUUAAGUAAGGUGAGUGUGUAACAAGAGGUGAAGUUUAGUUAGCUUUUCAUCGAAACUGCUGCUAGAAAUGUCCUUCACAGGGGUUACUGUUUAUUUUGUUACAGAGUGCAUUUCACAGCCUUGACUUUUUCACUUUCAUCAAAAUAUAAGAGUUGAAUCAUUACUUUUACUUCUCCUGGAAUCUUUUUCAGGCAUGUCUUUAUCUUUACUGGAGCGAUAAUGUGAGUAUUUCUGUCACUCUAGGGGUCUGAUUGCUUUAAGAAAACAUUUUUAAUAUGCAGUCAUGUUCAGCUCUGUCAAUCAAAACAGCACAGAAACAAAUAGUAUUAUGUCUGUCUGGAGUGUUUGAAGCACUUUUCCCUCUCUUCCUAUAUGAUCACUAUCAUUAACUGCAUCAAACUAUCCACUUUUCAGUGGCUGACUCUGUCCUGCUGUUAUGGGAAUAUUUCCAUUAACGUUCAUUGUCAGGCUCUGACAAAGAGGAAGCAAUAACCAUUUUGUUUAGGGGCAUUAGAUACUUAAAAUCCACCGGUUAUGAGAUAUGAGUUUAAUAUGCAGGGGCUUAAAAAGCUGGCUGUUGGACUGUGGUGGAGAUAAUGAACUCUGUUUUGAAGGUUUGAUAAGGCAUUAAUCCACAUCAGUGUAGUGUAGGUCUGACAGUGUACACAGGAGAAAUUGUGUGUUGUAUCAGAGCUGCAGAGAGUGAAGAUGGACCGAAGGAAAGGGAAAUAAUUGGUUAUUUUAAAACACCAGUGUGACUCCAUCAAGGUUACAUCGAGAUGUUGUUUACCUGCAGCUGCAGCCUGAGCUCUGGCUAAAUCCGCCAACGUUUCUUUGCUUAAGGAUUUAUUGUUUGAACAUGUAUUCAAUAGUGGGUGUAAAUGAGUGAUCACCUGCAGCUACACUUCUAAGCUCAAGUGGACUCUCAAUGGGCAAAUGCAUUAAAACUAUUUUGUCCUCUUCACAUCCUGCCUUCUUUACUGCUAGUUCCUCGACAAUGGCCUUCAAGUGGUUUGCUGGAUAAGAUUAAAUACUGCUCAGUAACCAGUCCAGAGCAAAAAAGCGGAGUGCCUACAGCUUAAAUUCAAAGUGACCAUUCAUUUCAGAGGUCAUGUUGGUUGGAAGCUAAAACAGUGUUAAAAUGUUGAACAGUUAUUUUUCAGGUUUUGAGUUAUACUUAAAAUGAGGGUGUCUAAUCAUCAUUUUUUACUGGUGUUAAUGAGCAAUGUCUAAAACUAUGAAUAGUAAAAGCUGGUGGUAAAGGAGAUCAUGUUUUAAAGUGGAACAUUGCAUUUGACAAGCCAGUAUUAAAUGGAAAUGGAAGUCUUCAACAAACCCAGCAUUGCUAACUGAAAGCCACUUCCAGGCUGCAGUAACCCUGCCGACAACAUUACAUUGUGGGAUGAUCCCAGUUAAUCAAUCAUUAAACCAAAGACUUUGGUUUAGCUCAGUGGUUUAAGUGCACGCCCAACACCAUGGACUGUAUAUAGAAUGGACACCGUCUGCCUCCUCGCUGGGUGAAACCACCCUGAGAACAGCACCCUCUGGUGACGGGCUGCAGUACAGGUCAUAAAUCCAGCCCCUGCCAGCCAUCUUAUUGAACUGUGGACAAACUUAGAAAUGAAUAAUUACACAGAACAUACCCCUGGUUGCAAUGUUGACAGUUAUUGUAGUUAUUGGUAGUUAUUGUAAGACUGGUUUUGUGCUCAAGUCCUCUUUUUGUCUGUACAGCUCCAUUUUUAAAAGUUAUCAGGGGGUUCAUGUUUUCUACGAUUGACACUUGAUACAGCCUAUUGGUGUACAGAUUGUGUAGCUCACCUGGGGAAUACACUGUUUUGAGCCGAGCGUUAUCACAGCGACUCUCUGCGACUCUCCCACCAAAUGUGUACAAUGCUGGUUUCACAAAGUGGAGAAUAAAUGCAGAAUUAUCGAGAGCUUUUUGGCUUCAAAUCUGUAUACUGGCAGAAGGUGGAACCAAAUUGUCCAUAGUAUAAUACAAUCUACGCCCAACACACAGGGGCUUCACUUCAUAUCAUCAAUGACAUCCAACGGUCUCUGCCCUCCAUAUUUCCUGUUUCCUUUCAGCUGUUUUAUUUAAAAAGGACAAAAAAGGCCUUAAGUACGACUUGGAAAGAAAUAACUCCUGGAGCAAGGCAUCAAUUCCUAAAUGUUUGCUCAGUUUGAGCCAAUGUUAUACUAACUACAACAGCUUUUCCCCUGUAGUAGCUCAUCAGGUAUAAGUUUGCAGUUGUUUCCAUAUCAUUUGUCUCUUCAGUUUUUGAUUGUCAACUGCUAUAGUUAUAGCAUAUUUCAGAUACCCUACAUUAAUACUACUUAUUAUCCACAAUCCAGCUGUACAGUGUUACUACAUUGGUGUACCAAGUCAGUUGAGUUAAUAAGGUGCUCAUGCAGUACACUUGGCCAUGAGUCCCAUCUACCGGCCAGCUGCUAAUUAGUAUGGUAAAUACAGUAUUUCAAAAUGGCAUAACAGCCAUUCAUGGAUCCCUGAUAAUAUUUUGUGAGAACUGCACUUUCCAUCAAGGUUUAAUUGUCAAUGACUGUAUUUAGGGAUCCCUUUGUGGUUGCCAGGGAUGCAGAAUGUUGAGAGGUAGGGGAGGAAAAUGGAACAAAAUUAAAACUGGUAGGGCAACUAGCUGAUCAGUAUUGUUGAAGAGACAUAACCAAGACAGUCUAUUACGGGAGAAAGACACAGUGAACGUGAUAAAUGGAUAACAAGCCAGAAAAAUACAAAAAAUAUGAUUACUGUAAGGAAUUAGUAUUAAGUUUAGUGGAUUAAUUGUUGAGUUAGGAGGAAUUAAAGACAUUUUGCAAACUCGUAGACCCCGCCAGAGAUCAGUGCUAAGUGGAGACCCUCAAUACAGCUUAAGUUGGUCCCUCUGGACAAGAGGAUAGAAUUUGAUAGUUAGAUGGCACCACUUGUUUACCCAAUCUCUCAAAGAGGGGACCUCAGAGACAAAUAACACACCCUUAUCAGUGCAUUAGGCAUAUUGCCAGGUAAAUGGUGGGAUGCUGACCGGCCAAAUCAAGAAAGUGAAUGUAAUCAACAUGGUAUCUUCUAAACAUCAGCAUGUAAGCAAAUAUAUCAGGAGCAAACAAUGUUGUCAGCAGUAAGCUUUGAACAUCACUGUGCCAAAGUAAAGCCUCAUACAGAACUGACUUUGUUUAUCUUGUGUUUUUAUCAUAAAUUGUAAUGAAUUUGUGGUUAUCUUUUUGUUCCUGUGUUGUUUGUUAGUUGGUGACAAAGUGCCUGCUGACAUCAGAGUGACCUCCAUAAAGUCCACCACCCUGCGAGUAGACCAGUCCAUCCUCACAGGUAUUUCUCAUCUUGUAUCAGACACCGAAUCUCUUUGCUGCAAGACUUUACCAUAAUCCAGACAGGGUUUGCUCCCUUGUUUCUUUAUUGCCACAACCUUGAAGGCCUAAGGCUAUGAGCAACUUUAGUUUCUGUAAUAUUGUUUGUGAUCCUUUACCCUUUAAACUGUGAGCGUAACUUUGUUCAGCUAAGUCAUUGUUGAAAAAUCUCUGUGUUCUUCUAUCUAAACAUUUGUUGCCCUCACAGAAGUAAUCCUUUUCACUUCUCUGGUACAAUCUUUCCUUUAGGGGAGUCCGUUUCAGUCAUCAAACACACUGACCCUGUCCCUGACCCCAGAGCUGUCAACCAAGACAAGAAGAACAUGCUGUUUUCUGUGAGUGUGUCCCCCUGGAGCAGGCUGAGUCAUCCCAAUCUGCCGCUUAGAUUAUUUACUUAAACGGUCAUUUGUAAAGAAGCAAGUGUUUGGCUUUAAGCUAAAAACACACAUGUAUGUAGCCUUAGACAUCGUAUAGCUUUUUUAAGUUAUAUGAUGUCAAAUGAGUUUUAAAGGGACACAAAAUAGAUGAAAUUGACCAUGAAAAAGAACACAGAACUCAACCCUGAUAGAGACAUGAAAUACAGGCGAAAGGCCAACAACAAGAUCUCAUACAAUAUGAAAUGAUACAGUAUCAUACAACAUGUAUGAUACAAAAGGAUAAAAGAAAGGAAACAAAAUCAUAUAAGAAGAACUUAAUUGAUCCCCCAAAGGAAAUUCAAAGUGUUAUAUUUACCAUUGUUACAUGUUAUAUCAUAUAAAUAUUUUAUGAUUAAUCAUGAUACAAUACAAUAUGAUAAAUAUGAUAUGAUAUAUGAUACGAUACAUUAGUAAACCAAAUUAUACAAUUUGAUACAAUACUUAUGAUACUCAAGAUUUACAAUAUGAUUCAAUAUGACAGGAAAUGAUAUGAAACUUUAUGACACCAAAUGACACAAUAUAAUGCGUUACAAUACAAUAGCAUAUGAUACAGCAUGAUGCUAUGAAAUUACAAUAUGAAACCUCAUUAUACAAAAAGACACAAUUCAAUAUGACUAGAUACAACAUGGUUGUAUGCAGUGUGAUACCAAACAAUAUCGUACAGUUUGACACCAAAUGAUAAGAUACAGUACGAUAUGAAACAAAAUGAUUUGAAAUGAUGCAAUAUGGUAAAAUAGGAUAUGUGAUAUUAGAUACGACGUGCUUUGAGCACAUAUGAAAAACACAUACGAAGGAAACCACAAAUAACAUAUAUUGCACAUCAGCUGUUUUGCACAAGAUCAGCAAAAAUAAGAGAAAAAUUUGAGAUUAAAAAGACAAGAAGAUGAUGUGAUUGACAAGCCACAUAGUUAUGAUUUUAAAAAUGUGAUUGCAGUGGGCGCAAAGGAGUUUUAAAGCAGCUCAGUUUACAUUGGGGAACUCUAUAUCCUCUGCCUGAAGGCAAGAGCUCACACUGAGAGUGGAGGAUGUGUGAUAGGUCAGACAUCUCUCUGUGCUCGCCUCAGAACAGACUGUUCACAAACUGACUGGAGGGAUGAAUUUUCAGUCCUCCCCAUAAUCUUCAUGGCAGUGUGACGUGAAUAUGCAAGUAUAAUUAGGUAUUAAUGUAUUAGAUUUUAUUAUAUUUUACAGUCAAAUAUAAUAAAACAAGAACAAAAAUAAUUGCCCAUAAGUAUGUGCCCAAAAAAGUGUAGGAGUUUAAAUAAUCCCAGUCACAGUCCAAUUACAUUCCUGUUGGUAAGUUUCCCAAAACAUUCAGCCUCAUUCACUGACCCUUCUAUGGAAGAAAUUUCCUCUUCAAACCUACUUACAUAGUUUUCAAAAGGAUCCCAGCACUCACCCAACUUCUUGAAAUGUUGUGUCUUGAAUAAAACAUGUUCAAUUCUGGAAAUAAACCGGGCACUUGGGUAAUAAUUUUAAAAUACACUGAUCAGCCAUAACAUUAUGACCACCUGCCUUCAAUGAUUUCUGAGUGUUUACACAGCUCUGCAGUCUUAAGGCCUUUUAUGGGCAUUGGAGGGGUGUUUACAUGCUGUUAAGGAAAAACUGGCACAAGCACCCAACUCAUGAGAACAUUAAUUUUAGAAAACAGGUGCAAAAUAAUAUUCAGUUAGAGGCUCAUGAAUUUGCCUCCGACUGGAGAACUUUCUGAGGACCAAGUUGAUGAAAAAAUACCAUGAAUACAUUAUUAAAAGUGAAUGAGGCCCAUUGAGUCCUGAUAGAUAAAAGUAUUUCUUUUUUUUUUUCAAAUACAGAUUUACAUAAAAGCACUUUAUAAACCCUGUUAGGUGUGAAUGGUUUUGAACUUAUUACCCUGUUGUUGAAUCACAUGGUCCCUGAGUACCUGUGUAGCCUGACACCGAAAGACCUUCAAAGACAGGUAAUGACGCCAUUAUACAACAAAAAACUGCACUACUCAGACUUAAAGCCUUGUGUUUACCGCAGUUUUCAAUAAGUCUUUAUUUUGUUAGUACCUUGAUUUGAUGGAAACUCUCCUUCCUAAUAAGCACCUCCAUAAUCCAGAGUUAGCAGUACCCCCCCCCCCCCCCCCAAGUUUGAAUGGCCCACUCUUAAACAAUAUGUAAUUAAUGUCUGUAUAAUUUUGUUUCUUGACUUUAAAUUAGGGCUUUUAAUGCCCGACAGCGGACAGAGUAACAAACCAGGAAGUGAGAGUCGAGGAUAAUAUGCAGUAAAGGGUCCAGGUUGUAAUUUAUUUUAGACCGGGCUGCCUGUUUUUAGGACUAUUGCCUCUGCUUAUGAGGCUUGUCAUUUCCAUGCUUAGCAAAUCAGGUGUUCCACUAAUUACUGACUUUUAUAAGUAUUAUUAAGGCUUUUAUAUACAGACAGGCCACAACAUUAUGAACACUUGGGCAAUCGAAUGAUACCUAACACAAAUUCUACCUUUUAUGAAGUUUUAGUUGACCUGUCUGGGCAGAGUAUAAUAGUCAUUUGAAUUAAUUAUUGAAGAAUUAUUGAAGUAAUUAGGUGGUGAUGGUGUCCUGGAGUGUGUUAUGUUAGAAGGUAGUCCUGAUAGUCUUCUUUGUCCACUCUGUUAACAGACAUGAGGGGUGCAAAAUCGUAGGAACACCUUUUGAUAAAACGCAUUCCAGGACACCGACACACACUACAACUAAAUUAAAUCACAAUUGUGCUUUAAUUCUCUGAUCAUGUCAACAAAACUGAAAAUAAAGACGCUUCCUGAAAGUAGAAAUAAUGGUCAAACUGUUGUAUGGGAUUGAAUUAGUGUUCAAAGUGUUGUGGCUGUCAAAGUGUGAUUUUCAAUUUUUUCAGCACUCUGAUCUAACAUUCUUAUUUUUAGUAUGUGCAACAUUAUAGUGGAUUAAAUUGGAUUUCACAACUUUCUAAUACAUAAUUCAAUCAGAGAGAUGAAUUUUCUUUGAUAUUGAAUUUUUUGUUUUUCAUUUUCUGCUUCACUUUUCAGCACUGAUCCCUCUCUCUUCCUUUCUUUUUCUCUCAGGGCACAAACAUCGCUGCAGGCAGAGCUAUUGGUGUUGUUGUUGCCACCGGGGUUUCCACAGAGAUCGGUAAAAUCCGUAACCAGAUGGCCGCCACGGAGCAAGAGAAGACGCCUCUGCAGCAGAAGCUGGACGAGUUCGGCCAGCAGCUCUCAAAGGUCAUCUCCCUGAUCUGUGUGGCCGUGUGGGUCAUCAACAUCGGACACUUCGGGGACCCCGUUCAUGGUGGCUCCUGGGUCAGAGGAGCGAUCUAUUACUUUAAGAUCGCUGUGGCGUUAGCUGUUGCUGCUAUUCCUGAAGGCUUACCCGCCGUCAUCACCACCUGCUUGGCCCUGGGGACACGGCGCAUGGCAAAGAAGAACGCCAUCGUUCGCAGCCUGCCGUCAGUGGAGACCUUAGGCUGCACGUCUGUGAUCUGCUCUGACAAGACGGGGACCCUCACCACCAAUCAGAUGUCUGUCUGUAGGGUGAGUAGAAGUCUGGAAACUAAAACUCCUGUAGACUUAACUUGACUGAGAGUGAUAUAGACAGGAUAGUUAUUGCAUUCCUUUAGCACAGUUGGAUAGGCUCAGUAAAUAUUAAAUACCCACAUCCUGUCAUAUGAUUGACACUUAAUAAAAAGCUGCAGGGAUUUUCAUCAGGAACAUUCUGACGGAGCUAAAUUCUCUAAACGGUUUUCUAUUAUCGGCUUCUGAGAUCUCUCUCUCCCCCGUGUGUUUUUCUUUCCACCUUCUCGUUCAAGUGGGGCUUAAAGAGGACUAGAAAAUCCUUGUAGUGUUUUAAUGUUCACCUCCGUCUGGCAGGUUUGAGAUAGCUGCUGGGGGAGUAGUACAGGCUGGCAUGACCCAGCAGCACCCAGAGCGGUAUCACCAGAUCAGAUCAGCUCACACAUACACACACAGGGAGUGUUUCCAAAAUGUCAUACCAACUGAGUGAACACAAUACAGUCUGUGUUUCCCACUGAUUGAGGGUAUGCCAUAUUUUUAGGUGGUCAUUUCUUAUUUUCCCCAUUUUUAUUUCCCCUUGUUCUGUACUGGUUUUACAUUAACUACUUGACUUUUUCUUUCUGGCUUGCCCUGAACCAGAUUAGUUGACUAAAUUGUUACUAACAAGCCAAUAAAACAGCAGCAUCACUGGGUGUAUAUUAACCCUAGAGCCCAUGGCUGUUGUCUUAUCAUAAGAAAUGCCUCUUGGAACGGGGGACAACUUUUUGGAGAUUCUGGUGUAGCCAGCAAAUAAUGGAAAAUGACUUGAUUGUGGAUCAAUUUUCUUUGUCAUUUAUACAGCUCCAGCAGACUAAAACAAACCCAGGCGUUCUGUGCAUGUUGCUGGGCUUUGAGCCUGAAGUUGAAAAGCAUAAAUGUGUUGCUAGGAAGCCAGGUAGAAAAAAAACCUUGUGCAACAAAGAAAGGGCAUAAAAAAAUAUAUUAAAUGGUCAUAUUGUAUGAACAAAUGGUACAGAGCUCCCAUAAUCAACAUAAACCCUAAAGUUUCUUCAAGAGGUGCUGUGAGACUAUCAGGAGAUGUAUAAUAGAGGACUACUCUUCAAGUUUGUGUAUGUGUGUGCAAGUGUGUUAAUGUGUGUGUGUGUGUGUGUGUGUGUGUGUGUGUGUGGGUUUGCGUGUACUCACUAAUUAAAUACCACUGUUGAACUGCGCUGCCUGCACUAUUAUACUCCACAUGUGGGAACACUGACAUUGAUGUAUUUGCUGAGCUCUCCGGCAGGUUUUAGCAUGUAAAUGGCCUAUAUUUAACUUAAACAACAAACACAGUAAGAUCUUAUCCACAACUAUUCAUGAGUAUUCUCUCCAGCAAACAGCCUCGCCCUUUCCUUUCUCUGUCUGUGUGUGUGUGUGUGUGUAUGUGUGUACAUUUUGCUCACUCAGUUUUUGCUCCUAGCACCGAGUAAAUGCCAACGCUGCUGUUUGUUUUGGCUCCUGUUUAAAACUCUGGCUCUACACACACACACACACACACGCACACACACACCUAAUCGGUUCACACUUUUUGUCCUUACAUCCUCCACCUUAGCUAAUGAUCUCACAGGUACCAGUCAGUAUUAGCAGAGCAGUUAAGAGUUAAUGUCCCAGAGCUCUUGUGUGUCACAGGGUGUUGGCAGCUAAUACAGGGAUCACAAUAGAAACAUGCAUACACUACAUAAACUAGUUAACUGAUGACUGUGUGAGGAGCUUGUUUUAUUAAAACAUGGGAAAUUAUUUAGUUUUAUCAAGCAUUUAUCACAAAGUGUUGAUAUUAAAGGAAAUCCCACUGUUGAAUAAUGUCUACAGUUAAGUGUUUUGAUCUAAAGUAGAGGUGCUUGCAGGUCUGUGAACUGGGACUGAGCUUAUUUUUAAAACAGAGGGACCCAAACAGAAUCGCUUAGCUUGAGGAUAAUCAGAACCAAUCCAGGACGCAUUUAGCCAGAACAGUCCCAGAUAGAGACUGAGCGCCUUCAGCAGCAGCAUGAGGCUCCAACAAUCAUCCAGCAGCUCCAGCAGUUCAAAAGAGAAAGAAUAAUUUUCUAAAUGAUUGUUCAGUCAUAGAAACUUAAUUCCUAAAGUAAUUUGUUAAAUUGCUUUAUGCUAAUUCAGAGAAAUAAUUGAAAGUCAGAGUUUAGUUGGAGUGGCAGAUGGUAAUCCUUUUCUCUGGGUGUCUCUGCAGUUCACCUGAUAGUUCGUUUCAUUAAAGCUGAAUCCUUAUCACGGCAAACCCCGGCGCUCUGCUGUAUGCAAUCCCUCCUCUUCUUUCUUGAGUUCACUUUCUAUCUUUGGCAGUGCUUAUCUAAAGAAGCUGCACAAUUAAAAUCAUUUUCUUUAGCUUACUAACUCAGAGAAAGUCCAUGUGUUGUUGCGCAUUUUUAUAUAGCAUGCUAGUUUGCUCAAAUAAUUUAUUCAGAGUUUGUUAUUACAAACUUUACAACCAAAGCUGAUACUGGAGACAUUAAAAUGGCCCAUUUGAAUCGACUCAGUUGUACAUGUUAACCUGAAAAUGCUCAGUGUCCUAUUAACAAAGCCCAAUUUUGACCAGGUCCAACUUUGAGUCCAUAUCCGAUCUUAAAUUUGCGCCUAUGAACUGAGUUAUUGUACACAUGAUCUCAUGAGAUUUUCACGAGGGUUAAGGAAAUGAAACUAGAGUAAAGGAGCAUCUGAGCACUGGGAUGAAACUUGGAUUUAGCUUGUGGGUGGCAUGGCUGGGUGUGAAAGAAAGAGACACGUUAAUCAAAUGAAAACACACCUCGAACUAAGUCUCUCCCUGAAGUGAGCCAGAAUGAGUUUUUAUUAAGCCAUGAUAGCAGAGUUUAGCCAAAGAAAACUUUCAAGGCCUGCAGGAUAUAUGAGAAAAGCAUGCUUUGUGAAACAUUUUACAGUAUUGUGAUAGCAAUAUCUAUGAUAUGUAUGGUAUUUGAAAGAGUACAUUUUUUAAUGUUUAACACAAUAGCUGUGUUGGAAACAUAUCUAUUCUGUUUAAAAGAUAGAUUUAAAAAGUAUACAUGUAUUGGCACCAAUUCAGCUGACAGUUUCAGUUUAACUGCAUUAGAAUAGUGUGAAGCAUUGCUACUAUACUUGAGCAGCAUCAACAGCAGCACCAGAUAAGAUAAGCAAAAACUGCUUUGUCCACCGGGGGCACCUAAGUUGACACAAACCAGAAGUUCCUCACUGGAGCUUUAUGCCAACUGUGCCACACACCUCAACUUGUGCACAGCGUUUGUGUGGUCCAAGUUACAGCAAAUGAAUUAAAGACAAUGAAUGGAUAACCUAGUGCAGUGGUUCUCAAACUUUUUUUGUCAUUCCCCCCUUUGGAGGAAGAAAAAAUUUCAUUCCCCCCCUACCCCAACAAAAUUGUGACAAAAUAGGCCAUGUAUAACUAUAUUGACAUAACAUUCCUUCUGCUGUAUUUCUCAAAACUAGAAAACAAACGUGCAUUCAUGUUGCAAGAACAAUAAUAAUCAAACAAUAUCAAGUUGAGUAAGUACAAAAAAUCCUGUGAAUCCAAGAGCAAGAUAGCAAGAUAGCUUCAUCAUAUUUCCUUGACUUGGCUUUUUGUUGGUUUGGCCUACCGUCAUCUAGGCAUGCUGUAUUGCUGGUUUCAGCUUUUCUUUUCAUCCCUGUCAAAUCCCUGUCAUCUCUCCAUUCUGUACUUUUAUAUACAAUUUAUUAUUCUGAUCUGAACACAGUUGAUGGUUGUUACGGUGACAGGUGAAAGCACGGGCUGUCCGCCGCUAAAAAAAUUCCGACAUCCAAACAUUGGUUCUGCGGCAUGGACUCUGCACAACACGAAACGGAGCAGCUUCAGCUCCUCUCUGAGCUCUCCACAGCGAGAGGAGUGGAGCAGCUGCUGGCAUAGCACGGCGUCGGUGGUUAUCUCCACCGUGGUUUCUGAGCUAGUUCCCACCAUGAAUUAGCACAGCAGAAAGUGUCUUUGUACGCUUUCAGGAGGACAUUGUACAGGUGGGGAUAGCAGCAUACUUAACAGGUGUUAUGCCGUAGAAUGCACCCCUGCAUCCCCUCCACUCGUUAGCUUCUUAAAGUGGAAGAAAAUUAUCUCAUAUUUUAAAAAAUACGACUAUUUGAUCGUGACAACUUUCGUUCUGUUUUUAUGUGUCGCAAAAAUGCACAUACGGAGGUGUGCUUGGGUAUAUAAACUGUACAGUAAGCUGUCAAGCUAGCGAACAUUAUAUUUUCGGGACAGCAAAUAUUCCAAAUCAGAGGGCUAUUUUUUCGGCUUAUCUGAAUAGUCUGAAUGAAAUUAUUAAAGGUAGACGCUUUUGAAUUCAUCCAAUAGUAAAGAAAACUUGAAUUAUUUUCGCCUUGUUAAAUACUUUCAACCGCGCUCCCGUUGGGGGGGCAUUUUACGGCAGGGGUGCAUUCAUUCACAACACCCAGCCAGAUCUUGCCUUGAGCGUCCACUGCAACAAAUGCUGCUUCUUCGCGGUAAAAUAAAGAAACAGGGUUUAGGGCACUGGACUCCCCCUACUGGUUUGGCGAGUUCAGUAUGGCGCAUGCGUGACGAGCGCGGUGCCUGCACAGGGGUUGCCGUGCUAUCGCGGGUGCACACCAACCUAUUUGUAGCCGGGUGACUCGCGCCCCCCCAGGGAGGGCUCCGCGCCCCCCUAGGGGGGCGGGCCACACACUUUGAGAAACGCUGACCUAGUGUGACAGAAGGCGUCUCUUUUCCUGGCUGGCAUAGAUGUUCUCUGUCAUUGUAAAUGAGAGUAAUAUAGUCAGAUGGCUCCAUUAUAAUGCUUAUGUAAUCCUCCACUGCCUUAAAUGACUUAAUCAAGAGUUGUGUCCCGCGAGUUUAUGACUAUGAUGAUAAUUCACAGAGCUGUGGAAACACCAAGCUUCAUGUUCAGAUAAAAUUUAUUACACAUCAUUACAGUGGUCCAUAAUGACCUGCUCAUUCACUUUCUGCUCUUUGUAACACAAACUGGUCUCACUCCCGUAGCUUAGAGACUGUCCAUGCAGAUGCUGAUUGUCCUGCAGACUGCACUUGUGCUACAGUCCAGAAAAGGAAGGGUGAAUAAUAUGAACCCUUCUUCAUUUUUUCUUUUUCUUCUGAGUGUGCAUUUUGUGCCCUUGCUGUUCUGAAAUAAUGGAGCUUGCAUCAGAGGACUGAGCACUCCCUACACAGCACAUUUGUAUUCUUGCUGUGAAAGUGAAAGCUCCUCCUCCACUUUCCCUUGAGUUGACUUCUUGCGUGUGUGUUUGUGUGUGUGUGAUUAAUGCGUAGCAGCAGGGAGUUCCCUCUAGCAGCAGGGACAUGGAGCAGUGAUCUCACUGCAACCCUGAAAAUCCUCUCAGACAGAAAAAGAGUGAGGCAGGCUGACGCGGGUAAAUAUUGACCUUUUGCUUCCCUCUUUACUCCCUGGCUGGCUGCUCUCUGCUCUCUGGAGGGAGAUAAGGGGGCAAAUACACACUCAUAUAAAGAAAAUCAAACUUCCGCUUUGCUGUUUUUUCAGAGUGGUGUUUCCUGCAGAUAGUAAUUCUGGUUGUUGCUUAACUUCACUGUUCAUUCUCUGCUUUAAUGAGUUUUCAUGCAUAAAAGUUUAAACGUCCCACAUGAAUGUUUACCCAGGCUCACCCAUCUGUGAUUAUUCUUGGUCCUGCUCCAUGUGUCUCCCCUGCUUCGGGGUUGCCCCAUAUAUUCACAGGAUUUCCAGGGAUUCCCCUCUGUAUCCUGCUGAUGGUGACUCCACACUUCCCCCUUUUGCCCUCCACAAACACACACCAACAGGAAUAGACGUGCACACAUUAAGAGGGUUACUCUUCAUUAAUCCCUGCAUAAGCUAAAAAGGAAGUGAGCGCAAGAAGACAAACUUGUGCCACUACUGCUGCCUCACAUGGAUCACACUGUGCCUUGUUUCCUUGGAGACUGCAGCGGAUUAGAUAGUGAGGGAAAACUGACCUCAGAUGAAAGUACAGGCUUAAUUUGUUCCCUCAGCCUCGCUGUGUGUGAGCUUUUGUGGAAGUUGCAGUGUCUCUUGGUUGCCGGUGUAGAUUUCAGCAGAGAAAAGAGAUUUAUGAGUAUGUUGAUAUGGUUGUAAUGAAGUUUUUGUCUUAUAUGCUAUUUUAACUGCGUUAUAAAGCAGAUUUAUAAUGCAGUCAGAGGAAUUUACAACCACACCAGCUAACUUUAUUGCAUCAGUUGGAAAUAAGAGUAACUCUUGUAUUAGUCCAUCGUAUUUGACUGGGUGGCAGCUUUGAUUUCUGUGUGGAGUUAAAUACCACACCAGACACUCAAUGUAGGACCUUUCAGUCAGACAUAUAACAGCUUAGUAGCUGCUCUUUACAGUGCAGCCUAAAUUUAAAAUAUAGAUUUGAAAGAUCUGACUUUAUUUUUUGUAAUACCGUCACUGUGAGCAGGAAAAUGUGAACUUUAUUGAGUUUAUUGAUACUACAUCCAUGUUUCAUACAGUCUAUGAUCCUCUCUUCAAAGAUCAGCUCAUGUACCGCUCAAAGCAACUUCAACCACAUGUUUAUAUGACAGACUCAGCCACUGACGGCACACUGUCUAUCACCAGAGACCGUGAUGAAUCUGUAGACAUAAGAUUUGGACUCCGUGGAAAAGCAAAUGUUAUGAUAUCUGUUUGUAGGAGUAGAGUUGUCUGAUAACGUUCCAGGGAGCUUUGGAUGUGCAAAGAAAAACAGUGUUUGAGUGUGAGGGACGGGAAGCAAUGCAACCCUUGAAUCCAUCAAUGGUCAGUUAAUAACUAUUUAGCUUCAAUCAGUGUCUUCAACCAGACAUCAGCCUGCAAGAGCAACUAAUCAGCUGCCCGUAGACGCAGGUACUCAACACUAGCUUCAACUUCCCUUCUGUAGCAAUGUUAGUGUAAACAAAGGCUUCACCAAAAGACCAGAGAAGGGGGUUAAAGCUGCCAAAGGUUAUGUCGCUGUCAUAUGAUAUGUGAUGGGUUUCAAAUUGUCCUACUUCAGUCUAUAAAGAUGCAAUUCCAUAAAGUAUAUUUGAUAGGUCACGUGAUUUUAAACAGACUGACUCAAGUAUACUGAAAAAUAAUCUUGAUACAAGUCAAGCACAGUGUUAGUCCAGGUAGGUAACCCUACUUUACAUCAGCUGAUCUCAACAUGAGCCCAUAUCAGCUGACAGCUGAGCUAAUUACAGUUACAUCCUGCUCUCUGAGUUCAGACGGAUGCCCUCAGAUCACUGUGUUAUAACACCUGUUAGGAGAACAGACUGUAACUCUAAUUCUGUCCUUCAGUCUGCUAUCAGGCUGUAGAAAUAAAAAUAAUAGUAUAUUGUAUUGUGUUCAUUAACAGAAUAGUAGCUCACACAGGAUAUUGUAAAUAUAAUGUGAAACACAUCUUAUUAUGCCUUAUUUAGUACUUCCACAUUUUAUUUAAAUUAUUUCAUUUUUAGCUGUGUGUGUCAUUACUUGAAGCUGCCUCACAUGGAGUCUAAAGUGCCAGAGUAUUUCUACCUCAAACUAGCCUCCAGCUCAGCUUCUCCUUUGUACCAGUAUCAUAUGUAUUUUCACUGAUGCCUGCUCUGCUCUAUGCCCCUGGGGUCUUUACUGCUGCUCUCCCUGCCUUAAAUUUUCAUUGAUGCAAAUGAACCAGGUUGGGCAGAGGAGCGCCCUCCCAGUCUCAGUUUCUGCGUUUAGGUAUGUGAAGGGCAGAGAGCUUUAAAACAGAGGCAUAUAUAACAUUACAUGCAAAUAAUAAUCCUUUUAACUAAAGUGGUCCAGACUGGACUACAGAGCUCUUUAACCCUCAAAAAACAGUUUAUAUUGUAUUUAAACUAUCAGACACAUAUAUACCCAUUGAUGUCUCUGUAAAUUCAACAUAAAGCCUUCUCUAUGAAUCUCCCUCUGCUUCAUACCUCUGUGUGUUUUGAUAGGAAAGAGCAAUUGUAAAGUGUUGACAUCAAACAUUACGAAUAUAGAAUUUUAUAUUUACACAGGCGCUCUUAUCUCAUGAACACUAUGAUCAUCAUUUAUUAUUGAAGGCUUCAUCAGGAACUUUAAAUCUGUCCAAAAUAAACUUCAGCAGAUGAUUAAAUCUUGUCAUCCUGUUCUUACAGACAAUUGUUAAGAAAUAAUUACUCCCUAAAAAGGCUAAAAUGUACCUUUGAGCAAGAAGGGCAAAAGCUAGGUCUCCUCUGAAGUCUACCAUUGAUUUUCUGUUUCUUUCAAACUGAUGUGAAGUCAGCAUCAGACAGAAGACUGAAGACAAGUUUAACCGAGCAGCUGCUUCAUUAAUUCUUUAGUCAGUCAGAUUUAAUUUGAUCUCAAAUAGAGUUUAAAAAGGUCUUAGGGGUGUGUUUCUCUGCGUGUGUUGAUGUAAUUGUGUUUGCUUUUUGCUGAACUUAAGUGUUAGUCUGUCUCAUUCUAAUGAACCAGCAGCCAUGGCACUUACUCUUUGUUUUUAUGGAUAAAUUAGAAUAAGCAGUGCAUCAUGAACUAUUCCUCCUGGGGGAAUUUCAGGAUGAAGAUUUGCCAACAAAGCAGAUCUUUGGACAGCUCUGGGACUCCAGCUCCCUUUCAUACUCUGUCUGACUUGUUCUUUGUUUUCGAACAGUUUAAUGGAGCGUGUGUGGCAGUUUGAGUGACUGAUGAAGCCUUAUAUCCAGACAUGUAAGCAGCGCUGUUCCCUUGUGGUCUGCGUGUUUAGAAACACUAAAGACCAUCAGAAAGAUGCUACAGUACAGUGACUGCUGUACAAGAUGACAGUGAGCGGGUGUUUACUGUUUGAACUCGACCUCUAUGGUGACCAUUUUCCAGCCUUUGAAGUGUUUUUUGUUUAAGGCCGCUUCUCAGAAGCAUUUUGUUUUGUUGGUAUUUGUUGAAACAUGGAAAUAAACCCUGUGACUUCACCCUUUGGUUUUAAGGAGGUGGAGUUAAGACCAUCAAUGAGAGCAGUCAAAUGUCACCUCCUGCUCAUUAAACUGACCACACCCCCUUUUAAGUGAAAGAAGUCUACCCAGAUGGAUAGCAGUGCAUGUGAAUUAGUGGGUCUUUGGUCUAGUCUAAUGUAAUAUAAGACAGACACAUACACCUUUACUUUUUUGAUGAGCAGUCUUCAAUAUAACGUUAGAAAAAAGUUAAAAGUUUAAGGGUGUCUGUGUCUACUCAGUCUGCUUCCAUCAUGGGAUGACUAUCCCCAUCUUAUGACUGGAGGUAAUGAUAAUCAAUAAUCAAAACAUAUAAUUUACUGGAAUUUACCUAUGGUGCUGUUUUUUUCCUUUUCUUUUCAUAAAAAAGUAUAUAUGUAAAGACUGAAAUGGUUUUGUACCAUUUUACCUGCAAUUUUAUUAAUUGCCACUAUAAAGUUGGUUAUUGAACAUGGGGCCUCGUUAGGAUUUCUGGACUUUUGAACCCAGCCUCUGCUGGACACAGGAGGAACUGCAGUUAUUUUGCACCUCUCCAUUGGCUUUAUUUUUUGAUAAAGCCAAUGGAGUGUUACUGAGUGUUACUUGGUUGACACUCAGUCUCACUUUUGAUUGAAGUGUCUUUGACAGUGAUGUGUACAACCUCAAGGCAGCAACCACACUCCUGACAAGCCCGUUAAACCAUUUCAGAAUUAUGAACAGUUUGAUGAUUUACAUCUUGCUCUAUUGAUCUUGUAUUGAAUUGAUGCAAAAAACGAACGUAGUAUAAUUUUUUUUUUUACCAAUGAAGGUCAGCUCCAAUGCAACAAUACACACUUAAGCACUGCUUCAUACACUCAGUGAGUAUUCCUCUGCAGACCUGCCAAAAGUGUUAGAUCCAUUAAAUUAAUGGUUACUUCAUUCAUGCUCAAACAGUUUCCUCUUUUAUAUUAAUAAUAAUAAUAAUAAUAAAAACUUUUUAACAUUAAGUAUUAUCUCUUCACUGUAACUGGUAGUAAGGGUUGGCAUAGAGACUUACAGCUAUAAAGUAUUGUGUUGCAGUUGUUUGUGUUCAAGUGUUGUGGUUGUUACAAAUGUGUAACAAGACACAGCAGAAGCUGUUCCUCUUCUUUUGCUUUAUCAACACUCUGGAGGAAUGUUUGACAAAGAAUAAAAAGUUCAUAGUUAACAUGAAAACAGAAAACUGCACUACUUAACAGUAUGAGAAAACCUUAGAAGAAAAUGCUGCUGUUUUAAUGACAACCUGUCAUAGUUUUAUUGUAAGGCACAUCUGACCCAUCACCCAGAAGGGCCAUGCAUCCUUGCAACAGACUGAGUUGACUUAGGAGUGCAGUGUUAACUUUGUCACGUGUCUACAAUGGGUGCACACAUUACAGAUCCUCUCUCCCGCCAUGCAUCUUUCUCAUUCUUAUUCGUUAUGGAGACAUGUUCAAGAGCAAAUACAGAGCGAAAAUUUGCAGUAGUCUUAAUAAUAAGUCACUGAAGGUAACGUGGCAGCUGAGAUCACAGUGAACUUGUCCAUGGGCAUGUCUUUGACUUAAAGUAUCACAAGACUAAGAUCUGACUUUCCUACCCCUCAAAAAAUGUAAAAGAAAAAUAAAUAACUUUGAGGUGUCAGCCAAGCAUCUGCAGAAACAGCAAUGUUUUCACAAGUGACUGUCAAAAGUCAGACUACAGACAUUACUUAAGCAUGUGAAGAAAAAGAUAAGCAAAGACUGCUUCAGCCACAGGGGGCACCAAAAUUGACACAAACUAAAAGUUCCUCAGAGGAAGCUCUCAGGUAAGGAAAUGAGAUAUUAAACAAGUUUAAGAGCUUAGAGAGUCAAACAUUACAAAUUUAAACACUGUGAUGAACUUGAGAGCAGCUUCUGAUUGAUUAACACAAUUUGUUUAAAGACAGAAAACAUUCAGCUAAAAGUAAUAACCAUAGUGUUAUUACUUUAUUACACAGAAAUAAAAAAAUAAAAAUAAAAAAGAUUUAAGUUUUUGUGAAACAAAUGUAGACAACAACUAUAAAGGGCAAAAAAAUGACCAAAAUGUGGCUACAACUAAAAGGAAAAUUUUUCCCAAAGACUGAGACUGGACUUAAAAGAGCAGCCAAAAUGUAAACUCACUUCACACUUGCUUUAAAAUGUCAAUGAAUGAAAUUUCUUGCAUAGUAAAAGAGAAACAGCUGAAAAUGUACAGAUGCACAAUUAAGAUGCAAAUUACCCAAACAGCCUGCGCACUAUCAUAAGCCAUGAUUAUAAAGUACUGUGCAGAACUAGCAGAAAAUACAGAUACUCUCCUCUCAGACCUGCUUUCAUAGGGAAGGUUCUCAAAGGCCUGUUAGAGUUGUGGACCACGAAUCCUAAAUAUUUUGUUUGUGUUGUAUAGUUGUGUGACCGUCUCCUUCUUGAAGUUGGCUAAUUAGCUCACUGUUCUGCCUGUGUGUGUGUUUUUUUCUCCUCUCCAGAUGUUCGUCACUGACAAGGUGGAAAAUUCAAACUGCACCCUUCAUGAGUUCUCGAUAACAGGCUCUACGUAUGCCCCUGAGGGACAAAUGUGAGUGUAAAAAUUUGCAUCCUUUGACUUUGAUUGCUUUUCUCCCUCUCACUCCCCGUGUGUGAUAAAAGUUUGAACAGCUUGAUUUUUAAGUUAAAAUAGAUGUGCUGCGCCAAACAAAAAGUAAUCCAAGAUUUGUUCAGUCAGCGCGAAUGAUUCCCAAAAAAUGCUCCUGCACACUUAGAUAAUCAGUAUCUUAGGUCAAUUCUCUUGUGUGCGGAUUGAAAAAGGCACAUUCCUGGAACUUUGAUCAAACCAUUGUGCCUCAGCUGUACUGUGCUCCUCUUUCAUCACACCCUCUUUGUUAUAAAAGUUUUGAAGUGUGAACUUGGUAACUUGUCAGGGUUUUCAGCUGUGAGCCCAUUGUUGUAUCUCAGUGAAUCCGUGCUUGUGUAGGAUUAGAGGUAGGUGGCCAGUCAUCAGGUAGGAGAGGGUUCAUUGUGUACACAUGUUGUUUAUUUUGCUGUUUGCUGAGUGACUCUGCAUGAACCUGUCGAUUUCAUAACAGCAGAGUGUGGGUUAUUGUGUGGGAGCCUCGCUAGCAACCGUUGCAGUCUCAACUGGGAAGGGAUCCAUGGUUGUCAUGCAAUCAGCAUUGCUUGUCAAUGACACACACAAGCACACACGCACACGCACAGAUGAACUGUUUACUACAGUACAGGCACUAUUUCUUCCCUCAACUUCUGAAUGCCUAACGACUGAAUGUCUUCCACACUAAUAAAUAUGGAUGAGACUACUGUAUCUGAGGUGUAGCAGACUGUUAAGUGUUUUCCCUUGUGUAUCAUUGUUGUGAGUGACACGCAUAUGUCUGUAUGUGUGUGUGUGUGUGUGUGUUUUCCUAUUUUGUAUUUUACAGCCUGAAAGGAGACAAGCCGAUCCAGUGCGGUGACUUUGAUGGGCUUCUGGAGUUGGCCACUGUGUGCUCCAUGUGCAAUGACUCUUCACUGGACUUCAAUGAGGUCAUUAACACACACACACACACACACACACACACACACACACACACACACACACACACACACACACACACUCACACACACACACACACACACACACACACACACACACACACACACACUCACAUCAAACACACUCUCUAUGGAUGAUUUUCAAGUUGCCUGAAAGUGAAAAACUUUAACUCUGGAAGCAACAUAAAAGCUGUUGUUCCUAGGCAACAAAUCUGUUCAUUGUUUAAAGCCACAAACCAUUGCAAAAUAAAAGAUAUUAAUGUAUGUCUGUGACAAUACAAACAACAAGAGGUGGCAGCUGAGUCAGGAAACUCAAAGGGAACGGCUGUGAGUAGUGCCAAAUCACAAAUCUUACUAAACAGAAUAUCUUCUUUCCUCACCCAAAAGCCCCAACCCGCUCUGUGGAGAUAAAAUAAUGACAUAAAAAACUCUGUGCUUACCCUCAACUCAAUCAGGAAAACAUAAAUACACUCUUAGGUGGCACUCACCUAUAAACUAUUUAAACUACGCAUGGUAAAUUAACAGGAAAUAACAAAUAGGAAGAAUAAAGGAAAUUACCUCUGCCGAGCAUCCAAAAAACCCCUGGAGAGCCUCACAGAGGUAAAUGGUCUGUUGUAUCAAGCCAAGGGCCUUUUUCAGGUCCUCUCCUCAGUAACUUUUCCUCUUACUCAACGAGUCUUGUAACACAGCCAAAGACUAUACCAUACUGUGGUUUGUGGUGGCUUUCUGUCUGUUACCAUGUCUACCACUGUCUGUCAAGUUUUGUGCUCGCCAAAGAAGUUAAAAAUAAAAUGAAAAUAUCCCCCAUGUUGUCUGAAAAGUAUUUGGAAAGUAUCUUUUUAGUUACAUGGUAAAAUGGCACGUUAGCUGUGCCAUUACUCUUCUUCUUGGUGUGGAUGAUGUGUAACCAGGUUGCCCCUGACAACACCUUGACUAUUAAGAACUAACAACUGUUGUCAAAGGGUUUGGAUCAAUCAGACUCAAGUGUUCUACAAAGCACAGGGAUUAGUAAGAGGGCUGGGAAGAAAAAUGUGAUAAUUCACCCCAAAAAAAACAAAAAAAUUAAAAGACAGUCGUCAGUGAAGUAGAUUUAAAGAUUGCAUUUUGACUUAAACAAACACAGUCCCAACAAAGAUAUGUCACUGGUCUAGAGGCUGAUAUAGAUGAAGUCGAGCUGAGACUAUAUUUAAGCUUCAAAUGUAUUCCUUCUGUCAGUGUUAACAUUUUAUGCUUUUUGUAGACUUUUUUUGCAGAAGAUUAUCUAUUUAUUUAAGUUUCCAUUGUUGUACAACUACGUUGCAUGUUUUAUAUUUGUCUGCAUGAAAGCUGUGCUAUACUCAGUACAAAAGUACUCCCUCUUGUGUGAUUGUCCUCAAAUGAUGAAGGUUAUAAAAAAUAAAUGGUAAGUAGACCUUGUUAAAGUGUUCAAAGAGGCAAAACAAACCUGAAUCUGAAUGACUUUGAAUCUUCUCGGGCACUAAAAUAAUGCUUGUUUCUAGUGGUAGUGGUUUCUAGUAGUUUUAUUUUGAUUUUAUUGGAUCACAGUCUUUGGUUCUUAGUUGUUUGAUGUUGGCAGAGGAGAGUCAAGGCUCUAUGCAACAUUAACCAAGCUGACAUAUACACAGUGUUACACAAUUUUAGGAAAUAUCCUUCAAAGCUACAGACACUCUCACUUCAGAAAGCCUUCUCUUUGUCUCCUCUGAGCUAAUUUUACUCCCUGGUUUGAUCUUUUCCUCUUGGUUUGGAUUGCUUUUCUCACCUCUUUGUCAUCGCCAUGGUAUCAUGGUAACCAUGCUGAGGGGAGGGAUGAAGCACUUCUCAGCUCCUAUGUAUCUUUCCAGACAAACUGUUUCUGCUCUCUUAAGCGGUCAUUCAGACUCACAUUUUGAACAUUUUUACAUAACGAGGCCAAGAGUGGGAUCAAAACCUUCUAAGCUGGGAGUAAGAGAGGGUUAGAAGAGCAGAGAGCCGGAGGGGGAGCCAGGUGUUUUAUUGAUGACUUUUCUCAGCCGCACAAACAAAUGAUGUGUGUUACGUCAUCAUCUCACCUACUCCAAAUCUCAGCUGGCAAAGGGCUCAUACUUAAAAGCACUUUGCAUGUGUGACUCAAUGCUCAACGAGGCAGAAGUGAAUAACCAGCUGAUUUGUUCUGGAGGCAUUUUGAAGAGGGUCGAUUAUGUUCAACAGAGGAGACAGUUUAUGGGAUUAAAGCAGUCUCUUCUUUCGAUAAUUUCCAGGAGAAUUUAACACCUCCAUCACUCUUCCAUUUAUACUACUUUGCUUGUUCAAAUAACUUUCUCAAUCCAUAAAGCAACAUGUUUUGAUGUGUGUCUGCUCUCUUGUAGGGCAAAGGAGUGUAUGAGAAGGUUGGAGAGGCCACAGAAACAGCUCUGACAACCUUGGUGGAGAAGAUGAACGUCUUUAAGACUGAUGUGUCCGGACUCACCAAGGUGGAGCGAGCUGGUACCUGCAACGCGGUAAGACAAAUAUGGAUGUCUGAUAGUUGUUCAAGAUGGGGGUCACUGUGGAAGUGGACCCGCUCCUUAUGUAAAUGUAUGUAAGGGUCAUUCUAAGGUAAAAAACAAAAAAACUUUUCAUACAUUCAUGCUAUAACACACUAAUUCAAACAUACUUUUGAAAACAUCACAUUCAGUUUUAACCAAAUCUGAUCUGAUAAAUACCUCUAAAUACUACACACUGCACCUUUUAAUGGUAAAGGGUCCUAUUUAUGAAACAUGAGUGAAUCUUUGUGUAGAUUUGCAUAUAAGUGUCAGUCAUGAAAAAAUCACUCAUAAACACUACAGUGAACUUGUAUUUGAUUAUGGGCACAUAUGUUCAUGAGUACUCAUUGACAUAAUACUCCACCUAGUUAGCAGUCAGUAUACACCCGUGUCCAUGAAUCACCAUUGAGCACCACAUACGAAGUGGACCGGUAAGCAUUGCGCAAAAAAAGGACCAACAUAUCUGUUAGAAUAAAACUAUUUUGGCUGAUGUGGAAAAAUCCAUGAGCGGUGGUGCGACUCUUGCCUACAGAGCACUAUUGUUGUGCUCUGUAACAGCCUGGGUCACUGCAUGGGCUUCAUUAUAAGCCAACUACUGUGGUGUGUGGCGGAGUCAAAAGCUGUGGGUUUACAAGCUAACAUCAACUUUAUCUGUAGCUUAACUUUAUCUCUACGUCCUCUCAACUAAAACAGAGACAUUCCAGUCAAAUGUCUCAUUUAUUUUAUGUGGAAAUGAUAAAAGCAGGGCUGUUUCCUCAGCUGCCUGGCUGACACCUACCCCCUCAUUCUAGUUUGAGGUAUUUAAAGUUACAAUUAAAGAUGAUCAGUCUCAUUGUUUAUGGUCUUGUUUGCUUUUUUACAUUAUAAAAAGGGCAUCAAUAUGAAUUUAAACCUGUUUCAUUGAAAUCCAAAAAUUCCUCAAGGGAGCUUUAAAACAACUCAGAAAGGGGUCCUCUUCAUACUUUUACAUGCUCAUAUUUGGUAGAUUGCGAGUCACCACACUGAUAAACUAUUUGUAGUUCAGUGAAGGAAUUCACUUUUUAUUAUAUAAUACAUGUUCCUUUUUGCUUUAACCCUCCCAAAUGUGAACCAGUAUCAUUGAUCCGAACAUUUUCCUCCUUUAGAUGCUGUAUUAGUCGUUAAAACCAAGAUUUCAUAGUUAUCAUCAGACUUUAUGAACCUUCAUUCACUCUAUCAUCAACAUUUAGGACACCAUAUUUUUACCUCAACAACUAGAACAUCUGCUGCAGGCUUUGCUCCUUUCAACAACUCGGUAGCUAAUCUGAGCAUUACACUGAGCUCCACUCUGACUAUGACAUUUUCAAAUAGUGCGUAAUUGUUUUAAACCAGUUGUGAUGAGUAAACAGUUCAGGGUUCAGCAUCUCACUCCAGGACAAGGUUGUUGACAGACACAUCUAGUUUGUUUGACAUCAGGGUGUGAACACCUCUCACUGUAAUAUUUGACUUGUAGUUUAGAUAAGCUGUUAAAAUGACAAACUUAAUUGAUGCUGUCUUAGAUCCAGGUAAAGUCUUUGGACUAAAUCUACUUUGUUGUAUCCACAUGACGUAAUGUAAGCGAUGUUAAUUUUGCACAACGCUGGACUAUUAAGAUUAAAGGAGAUGGAUAGUUAACAUAAAAAGUGACCUAUACCAAAGAGUAGACUUUGAGCAUUGAUCUGUUGCUGGUGUUUCAGUGCAGAGAGAAGUGUCAUCCACAGUAUUAAAGCCAGUCAGCCGUGUUUCGCAGACCUCUCACAUCCCUGUAGAUAAAGGUCAUGAGAGGCCUGAUGGGUCUCACCUCCUGGAAGAACAAAGUCUGUCAGUGGCAGACACCUUAGAUGAGAUUAUCCUUGUUGUGUUAAACACUGGAUGACUCUAACUCACACCUCCUCUUAAUGGAUUAAGUCUUAACAUGCACAUACAGCCUCAGCAAACAUUUCACAUCUCUGGUUUACUUACACAGCGAGAGAAAUCAGGAGAGGAUAAUCUCCCAGCAAAGCAUGCGUGCCCUUCCAAGACAAACUCUCUCAGUACUCGCUGUUUGACAGGGAGUGGAAGUUCGUCACAAUGACAGAUUUCAGGACAUCCGUCAGAUGUUCACAGUCCCCUGAUAGGGUGUGUGUACAUCAUCACCAUUUGGCUGGACUGAGAGUGAGAUCAAUGUUCAACUCUCAGGCUUUGAUGAGAUCAGGGCUCAGCACAGAGUCUGAGCUAGAGAGACACCUACUGGAGGAAAAAGAGCUCACACUGAAAUCAAUCUGUGACUACAUCUUAGAAUAAAUAAUUAAUUCCCUUUUUAUUGUUCGAAAAGGUGAAAUACCCUCGAGACGUUCACGUCCUUGUUUCUUCAAAGGACAUCAGCCAUUAAAUUUUACAUGCAAAUUGUCUUUUGGCUCUGAAACCAGCUUACCCUAAGUGCAUGCUCCCUGAGAAGGCAGUAAUUUAAGCCUCCUUCUUACUCUGCUCUCUGUCAUUUUGAUUUUAUUUGAUUUUGUUUUUGUAUUUUCCCUUCAUCUUAUUAUCUAAUAUUAUACUAUCCCUUCUCCUCAUACAGUAUUAUUCCUAUUAUACUAUUCCUUUGAUUUUGCGAGUUUGCAUUUUCGCCUUUCAGCUUUAUCCAGUAUAAAGGUUAAUAGAAAACUCAUUCAAUGUAUCAUGAGAGGUUAUCAUUUAUAUGAUUUUCAAAUAGCACAAUGUCUUACUAAUACAAUUAUACAAAAUGAAAUAAUGACACAUUGAAUGUGUUCUCCAUGAGCCUUUAUACUGGACAAAGCAGAUGGAGUCAUAAUGUAUUAUGAAACUCAAAAUUCAAAGGAUGCUGCUGUUAGUGUUGUUUUCAUUUUCACUCCAUGUUUACUGCCUAGAACACUCCAUUCAUUACAAUAAAUGUUAUGUUUGAUAAAAACUUAACACGAUCUGCCUGUCCAGCUUUUGUAAUGUUGUAUAACAGUCCUUAUAGCAGACUUUUAUACACCUUGUUCUUCUCGUAAGGACUUCUAUCACAGUCCUUAUAGAAGACUUUUAUAAAACCUUACAAAGGCUUUUAUAAGUCUGUACAGAUGUGCUUAUGAUGCAUUUGAAGUGAUGGUUUCUGAUCAAGUGUUAGAACAGAAAUUCUUUAUUUGAAGUCCAUCAGCUUUCAUGACGCAGUUGCCUCAUGAGUUGCGCCUGAAUGCUUAGCUCAUAGGUGGUGGCUCAAACUCCAAGUACUUUGGUGUUAUUGUAAAUCAUUUUGAUCCAGAGUCAGCUGAACCAUCUGUUAUUUUUCUUUAAGUGAAAUUUGCCACAAGAAAAAUGCAGUGUUGUCACUAUUUGCCAUCACAGGCGCUGCGGGAAAGCUCCAGGGCAGUUUAUCUGCUCUGUGGUGACAGAAAACAAUAGCAUGACAGCCUUGGUGCUGACAGCCCACAGCCAACCUUCUUCUUAUCACUUUGUAUAUAUCUGCACACUAAAAUGAGAGAAAACAAUGCAGCUAUACAGAUUUCAUUUUGUAUUUAAAAUGCAUAAAACAGUUUUACAAUAAAAUAUACUAGAAAUAAACAGUUUACAACAAAUAGAGAUAAUGCGAAGUUAAAAAAAGUAUACAUGUUUUUAAAGCCAGAUAGAUAGUAGUUACAUGCGUUGGUACAGAAAGUAUCUUCACAUGAGGUAGCAUAUACACGCAGACAGAUGUGGGGCCUGAAUGAUGAGACUUUAGAGUCAUCCUUUAAAUGUCAGUCACGAGCUGACAGCAGUCCACAAUCACAGCAACUUAGCUCAGCUCUGUCUCCUUCUUAUCAGUCAUCUCUACUCUUUUCUCCCCCUCUGUUUCUUCCAUCAGGUGAUCAGACAGCUCAUGAGGAAAGAGUUCACCCUGGAGUUCUCUCGCGACCGCAAGUCUAUGUCUGUUUACUGCACCCCUGUCAAACCUGGAUCCCAGAGCAAGAUGUUCGUCAAGGCAUGAAUAAACAAUGAUAACACAAAAACACACACAUGCACACAAACAUCAUUUUCUUAGCCUCUGAUCCUUGACGUCUGUAGUUUGAUGUCCCUGUCUCUUGGGAUUAUGUUUUUCUCCCCCUCAGGGUGCUCCAGAGAGUGUGAUCGAGCGCUGUCAGUACCUGCGGGUGGGAACAGGUAGGGUGACACUGACACCAGCCCUGCGAGACCAGCUGUUAUCCAAGAUCAGGGACUGGGGGACAGGCAGAGACACUCUGCGCUGCCUGGCUCUGGCAACACAUGACAACCCACCACGCAAAGAGGACAUGGACUUGGAGAACUCUAGCAAGUUUAUUCAAUAUGAGGUUUGUCCAAUAAACACCAGUCUUUCCAAAUCUUUAUGCUCUACAGGGUGUAGGAGCUUUCACUGAAAUCAUUAAAUUUUUGUUAAAUAAAUCCCAAAUUUGGUCAUCUUUGCUGCCGUUCAUAAUUUCUUCUAAAUCCCCACAUUGAUUAGAUCUUUAUUCAGCUAAAAUGUAAGGCUUUUCACAACAUGUUCCCUGUGACAGUCUCUCUGUGUUAGGUAAAAAAUUACCUGUUUAAUAUCUUUGGCAACAAAACUAAAAAGAGACAAAUUCAAGGUCUGAAACUGGUGAGAAUCUGUCUCCCAUCUACAGAUCUCUGCAGCCUCAUUCUCCUCUCUGUCUUUUUCUAUUCCUCGCUUUCAUUCAGCUGGGUCUCACCUUUGUCGGCUGUGUGGGCAUGCUCGACCCGCCCAGGAAGGAGGUGAUCGGUUCAGUGAAAUUGUGCAACGAGGCGGGGAUACGAGUAAUCAUGAUCACUGGAGACAACAAGGGCACAGCUGUGGCCAUCUGCAGACGGAUCGGUAUCUUUGGAGAAGAGGAGGAAGUGACGGGAAAGGCUUACACGGGUCGUGAGUUUGAUGAUCUCCCGCCGGAGGACCAGAGAGAGGCGGUGAAACGGGCCAGGUGCUUCGCCCGGGUGGAGCCGGCUCAUAAGUCAAAGAUUGUUGGAUAUCUGCAGUCGUUUGAUGAAAUCACAGCCAUGGUGAGAAGCAGGGGAGCAGAGAUGGUGGCAUUUGCUUAACUUACAGAUUCUUGUACAGUUGGCUGUGGUCGACCAAUUCAAGACAGCUUUUUAAUCUAUUUUUUUCAGGAAUCAGAAUAUAGUUCAAGUGUUGAAAGGAGAGUUAGAAGUCACAUUGUUUUAUCACAAAAGAAAUAAAAGAGAAAACUAGUGAAAAUGGGUAAAAAAAAAUUGUCCAUGCAUGUAGGAUAGCUUCCUGUUAAUUAUAAAUCAGUCUGCCCACAUAUAGUCUGAGAUUUUGUUCACCUCACCUUAAUUUUAACUCUGUUCCUAAAAUCUUCACCCUGGUUAGCCCUAAAGAAAAUCUGUCAUGUGAAAUUAAAACCUGCACCUGUUGUUUUUUUCCAGCUCCUGUGAUCUGACUGAUAGUUUUGGGGACCUUGUGUUUUCUCAAGUGUUUCAGGUUGUUGUCAGCCUUGUCUGUAACCUUUAGAAAACAUGCAUUUUGUUAGUGUAUCCUUUUACUUUCUUUUUAGAGAUAAAGUGACAAAAAAGACAGGCCAUUCUGAGUGAAAGACUUGAGUUUUCCACAAACCAUCUUUAAUGGGUAACAGAAUAAUUUGCCAUUUCAUAUACUGGUUUGAGAGACAAUAAGGCUUGAUGGCAAUUUUACAUUUUUGAAAUAAAAUUUAUUGUAGUUUGUGUGUAAUCAUUAAGCACUCACUAGUGCAUAUCUCUGUCAGUUUGCUCUUCUGCACUGGAAACAGUCACACAGCACGGGACAUGCAUUUUAAGUCAACUUAAUGUUACCCUCUUUAAUCUAGAAUUACUAGGUAAUUCUUUUUUCAUGGUUUUAUAAACACUGUAGGUCUUAGAUGCAAGGCAUUUGCUGUAUCUACACUGUACAGAGCAUCAGCUGGCGCUGGCUAUAAUGCUAUCAUAUUCUACUACCUGGAUAUAAACAAGCACAGAUGACUUCUGGUGCUAUUUAGUAUUAUAUCAUGAAAAUGAAGAUAAAGUUGUAUGUUGGCUGGUUUUGGUUGAACUGACAUACAAGUACUCAGUUGCAGUAAUGUGUGACUGAGGAGGACUGAAGGUUGGUGGUGCCAGCUCUGCUAUCACUCAGUAAAUCUAUGUGACCCUGUGUCCCCGCAGACUGUGUGAUCCUGUCUUUAGCUGGCUUAAUUACUGUAAACUGUGCUAAAUGUUGACCGUUUUCUUACCUUUAGACCAGUCUGGUAGUCAGAAUUAAAAUUUCCAUUUUAACAACUAAAUUUAGUUGCUUCAGAACUAGGGGUGUCACGAUUCUACAAAUCCUUGAUUCAAUUUAAUUUUCAAUUUUAGAGUCAUGAUUCGAUUACAUUCUCGAUUCUUUUCCUUUUCUUACAGCACAGAGGCCUCUGCCAUUUUUAGACUAGUCUAGUCUACGAUCAUUGGUUUUAUUUAUUUCAUUUUGUACUGUAAAUCUUAUUUCAAAACAUGGGCUACAUACAAGUGAUGCAAUUACCAUUAUUCUUAUGUAAUGAUGUAAUGUAUCACAUUAGGCUCUAAUGGUCAAAUUUAAAUCAUUUGUUUAUCAACCUUGUUUCCGUUAAGUGAAAAGAAAAAAAAACAAACAUAAUGACAACAAAAACGAGAACUCACAGAGGUUUGUGUUGGCUACAUUGUGCGGCGUUGUCAUUUGCUUCCAAUUUGCACACCUCCCGGAUGUGGAAGGAGGGGAUCGUCAAUCCUCUCUUUAAUUUCGGUUAUCGAGACCAUGAUGUACUUUCAAUCGGAUUCAAUAAAAAUUCAAAAUCGUGACACCCUUAUUCAGAACAUACAUAUACACAGCAAGCUUAAAUUUGAACACUUCUCUACUUUAGAGACUUGUGUAAAAAACUGGAUAGGGAGAUUGUUGUAAAAUGUUUUGGGAACUACUGCUGGGGCAACUACUGUACUGGGAGCAAAAACGCCUUUCCUUCUGUCUCUGCCUGUGGGUUAUGUGAAACAGUCAUGGAGGAACCAUGAGGAGUGUCUGCUGAGGUGUGACAUGCUUCAGGUCUCUGUGAGCGUCUCGCCCAGACACUGCUAUCAGGGGCUGUCAUCUCCAUCCUGCUCGCUGCUUCCGAUCUGACACGCGUCUAAAGAAGAGGCGUUGAUCUGAGAAAAAAAAAAAAAAACAGAAGGGAUGGAGACAACAAUAUCAGCAUUUGGCUGUCAGACUAACUCCUCCGUUCAGCACAGUCUAAAGCUGCUUUAGGCCUGACAUGACAGAUUAAUACUGUAUAUCUCUCUUGUUCAGCUUCAGUUUAAUCCUGCCUGGAUCUGAAAUGAUAAUGAGACUUAGUGUAAUGACAAAGCUGUUUGUUUCCUAUCAUCAAUAGACUGUUAAAACCAUAUCUGUUGAAAUAAUGAUCUCCCUUAAACACACAACAUGAGCUUAGUAUUUUAAGAAUUAAAAGAAAAGUUGUCAAACUUUUGUCUAUUUUUCCAUCACACAUCAAAAACAGGCCUGUGGAUGGGACAGAGAGGUGAUAUGAACUGUGAUUCUUCUACGAGGUUCAGUCAGCUUCUAAAAUAUUCAUGCUUUACUUGAAACAAAAAGUUGUCUUCCUUGUUUGUAAUUCAUGCUGCAGUCUCAGGAAAUUGACUUGUUGGAAUAAUGGGUCUUGAUGUUUGUUCGUACACCGUAUGCAUAUCAAUGUUUUAGGACAGCUCAUUGAUUCAAGAUGGCAAACCCAAAGCUUUGAGCCAGGUUUUUACGCCUUCAUGACCCAAGCAUGUGUUUCCUAUCACAGACUGGAGACGGCGUGAAUGAUGCACCAGCUCUGAAGAAAGCAGAAAUCGGCAUUGCCAUGGGCUCUGGCACAGCGGUGGCGAAGUCGGCGUCUGAGAUGGUUCUGUCUGAUGAUAACUUCUCCACCAUCGUGGCUGCUGUGGAGGAGGGCAGAGCCAUUUACAACAACAUGAAGCAGUUCAUCAGAUACCUCAUCUCCUCCAAUGUGGGAGAAGUUGUCUGGUGAGAGACUGAAAUGAGAGCUAUUGCUGCUGUUUUUACACCAAGUUUGUCUGACUUUUGUGUUUUUGACUUUGUCUGCAGCAUCUUUCUGACGGCCAUCCUGGGUCUCCCUGAGGCUCUGAUUCCAGUUCAGCUGCUGUGGGUUAAUCUGGUGACUGACGGCCUGCCAGCCACUGCUCUGGGCUUCAACCCCCCAGACCUGGACAUCAUGGACAAACCACCCCGGAACCCUAAAGAGCCCCUCAUCUCAGGAUGGCUCUUCUUCAGAUAUCUGGCCAUUGGAGGUACUAUUAGCUCUGACCUGAACAGAAUACAGAAAAAUUGUGCAACAGAAUGUAAACUAGCAUCCAGUUUAGAAAAUGGGCAUGCAUGUAUGCUCUUUUAUUGUUGUGAACAAUCCAGUUUUUACCUUACAAUUAUUGUGGCUGGAAAAAAAAUCACAAUAAAAACAUUAUUACAGUAUUUACGUAAAACCUGGAGGGAAUGUAAUCGUCAAAUUCAAGCAAAGCAGAACAAAACUUGAGCGACAUGUGACUUCACAAACUUAAUGAAUGAAAUCAAUUCAGUCACAUACCAGCAUCCAUUUUUGAUUUUGUUUUGUGCUUUUAUCCGGGCCACCAGCCCUGUAAUAGACACUUCUUCAGAGAUGAGAUUAGCUUUCAAAGCAGCGUCUAUGAUCCUUAUUUUUUUUCUAAAAUUUCACAGUCUGACAAAAGGUUGUCACAUUUCCUAUAUUGGAAAAUUAAAUCAAGUUAAAGUUUAUUUCUAAAGCACGUUCAAAGCUAACCUCAGUUGCCCAAAGUGCUGUACAGGUACACAGUAUGAUCAUGCAUACACUUAAUAAUGAAAAAACAGUAAUGGAAUAAAAAUAAACACAAUAUUAAAAACAAACAUAUAGAAAUAAAAUAAGAUGAAACAAUAAAGGAUCAACAGAAGAGAAGAUACGGUAUGAAAGAUAAAGGAAAAAAGCAAAGGUUACUCUUCUAGCUGGGAGUUUACAACAUACUUUAGUUUUGAAGUGAGGGAAACACGACCUCUGGUAGAUCAUAAGUUACUGAACUGAACGAAAACAGCAACAAAGUUAAGGGUAUACAUUUUGAGUGUAUUUGCACUAAGAGGCACAAGGUCCUUUGUCAUUUUUGGAUUCACAAUCAAGUUUCAGUCAUGGCACAUCCGUUUCAAAAAGUGCAUGACCCUCCUUUGCUGCUUCAACCAGCUAGGUAGCAGCUGCAACUGCGUCUUCAUCAUCCCUCUUCCUUUUGGUGGUUGACAACAACCAAACAGAACCACUACCACCCUAUACAAUGAGCUAGUUACUGAGUUAAAGUCUGCUUAUUUUGAUCACACUAUCAAUAAUUCUGUUUUUAUAGUUCUGUUUUCAUAAUGAUGGUUAUCAAAGGUGAUAUUUUAAUGUUUCUUUGAUUCUUCUUUUUAUCCAACUCUCAUCUUACCCAACCUGCUCAGACAUCACAGAAUGGCAUUAGGAAACCAAUUCACAGUCUACAGUGUUGUACAGAAACUGAUUUUACAUAUUAAGUCAGUCAUAUAAUUUAUGCUGUGAAUUACAUAUCUUAAUGUUGAUUCAGAUCAUGACAUUAUAACAUCUGUUGAGUAAAAACUGGGUGUCUCUUACUGUGUUUCUUGUAGGUUAUGUGGGUCUUGGAACAGUGAGUGCUGCAACAUGGUGGUAUCUGUUUGAUGAAGAAGGACCGCAAGUGACUUUCUAUCAACUGGUGAGUUGGAAAGUUUUCUUUAAAAGUCUUUUUUAUUUGCAUACUUCUGAAUUUAUCACACAAGCCAUGCCAGGAAAAACAGUGAUUGUUGAAUUAAGCCUCCCCUAAAGCAACAGUUUCUAUUAGCCCAUCACUGUUGUUAUUUUGUUAUAGUGAAGUAUAAAUUAUCCUGACCCAGGUCAUACUUUUGGAGGGCUAGGAUAGGAGGGCUGGGAUAGGGUUAGGGUUAGGGGUUGGGGUUAACCCCUAACCCCCAAUGAGCUGAUAACUAGAACAUGGGAAUCAGAACAUCAACUGUUUGAGUUUUCUCUUCAUCACUGUCAGAAUCUUUGACAAUUUAUCUACCACACCCUGUUCUGUUAAGUGUUUCUCCAAAUGUUCCUCAUCUUCAAUUUAGUAGAUUUUUUUCAUAGCAUACAUUUAAUCUUUUUUUUUCUUUUAACCUAUAACCUCUCUGGCUCUUCCUCCACUUUUUUUCUGACUAUAUGAGUUUUGCUAGACUUCCUUACUUCUUUCUGAGGACUGAUAUGACCACAGUAGUUCUUCGGAGUCUCUGAUUGAAGCCACAUCCCUCGCUACAGCCUAUUCUUCAUAGCAAUUGUGCAAGAGUAAAUCAUGGAUUGCCAUAGUCGACCAAUCGCAGCUUAGCAUUUUUGUGGCUGUGCAAUAAGUAGAAAGACUGUGGCAAAAAACUGGAAGUGGGAAGACUUUGAGUAUUUGUUUUUUCCUGUAAACCUUUCCAGAAUCGGAAUGAGUUUAGGGUGAGUGGGUACAAUUUUACCACUUGUGCAGUCUUUAAAAAAAAUAAAACAAUACUUCAAAAAUACAACAAAAAUACAUCCCACACUAUAAAAAGUUAGAGUGUUACAUUAAACAGAUGUGAUGGUUUGCAAUUUAUUCAAACCCUAAUUUGAAAUGGAAAAAAGCGAGGACAAUUUCCCAUGCCAUUAUGAUAAUGAAAAAAUCAACAUCAGGUCAUCUUUACAUGAGAUUGAAAAGUUUUUUCUCUAUUAAUUUCUGUACAAACUCAUUCUCAGCCUUAUUUGCAUCCUCGUCUGUUGCACACAAUCAUGACUGGUAAAUCCCAGCAGAGGACAGAAAUAGACAGAGAGGUCAUAUUCAUGUGGUUGGUUCACACAGGGUGGAAAUGAAGCCUGGGUUCUGCAGCUGUUCCCCCAUCACACCAGGUCACAGAGGUUCUACUCACAUCCUGCAGACGCACAUACAUGCACAGACACACACACACUGACCCCAUCUGUUUCUCUCUGCAGAGACACUUCAUGCAGUGCACAGAGGACAACCCCAUGUUCCGGGACAUAGAUUGUGAUAUCUUUGAGUCCCGCUACCCCACCACCAUGGCUCUGUCUGUGUUGGUCACCAUUGAAAUGUUCAACGCCCUCAACAGGUCAGUCGGCUCAUCCUUCAGGUCGCUGCUUUAAAUGUCAGGGCUGUCAGGUUUUGAUUAAAAAGAAGACACUGUCAUCAGACGAGACAGCUUUGUGAGGAAGAACAAGCCAGAGCAUCAACUUUGCCACAUAAAUCUAUUUUCUUUACCUAAUGUUGUUUAUAGUGAAUAUUCUGCUUUAACUGAAUGUGGAAAAGAAACCAAGCUUAGUCACAGGUUUUAAUAAGACCAACAAUACUUUUUAAGGAAGUAGUAACCGAGGAAAACUACAUGUUUUUGUAGGUUUGUAUAUAGAGAAACUCAGUGGCUCUCGAUAGAAAUUGGCUGUCAAACACAGGAAAGAAUCUGAAAAUGGAAGAUUAUACAUCUUUAUCAUAAUUAAAGUCAUGAUAAUAGUAAGACUGAUAUCAUUAAUGUAUAGCAGAUGGAGUCAGGCAGCUUUAUGUCUGCUGGCGUUCUGCAGCAUCAAUCCAGACCUACAGGACCAGGGAGCUCAGGGACUCACUGAAAGAUCUGUGGUUGGUGAUUUUAACUGGACAUCCAUCAAUCAGUCUGGAUUUAUACAGCACCAAUUCACAACAAAUCUUAACUCAAGAUCUGCUUUACAAAAAGAGCAGGUCCAGAAACUUUGAGCAGAACCAGACUCAUGUAAGACAGUCAUCUGCCUCUACUGAUAUGAAAAUUAAAGGUAGUGACAUGCAGACAUAUAAAAAAGAAAGAGAGGGAAAGACAAGAGCUCAGUGUGCCAGUACCCUAAUUAGGGGUGUCCCUAACUCUUUAACUAUAUAUCUUUUAUGAUACUGAUAUGAUUGCCCUUCGGUAUCGGCAGAUACCGAUAUUGAUCCGAUAUUGGCACAAACUUGUGCAUGGCAAGUUUUUUACAUUCUGUAACGAAAAAUACUGCCACACAGCCGACAUCACUCCUACUUCUUGCUACUUUGUACCUCAGAACACACUGUUGUUGUGAUCACGUGGGCUCUGCAUUUUGGAUCAGGGCGCUGCUAGCCAAUAUAAUCCAAAAUUUGUUUUUUGGCUGAUAUAAGACCAAUAUCCGAUAUCAGUGUCGUAUCAGGACAGCCCUAACCUCAAUGAUAGUCAAGGCCUGAGUAGCAUCACUAAAAGCUAGUCCAAGCCUGAGCCAGUCCUAACUGUAGGCUUUAUCAGAAAGGAAAGCUAAAAGCCUUCUUUUUGAAACGAAGAAGGUUAAUUAUGAGGCACUUUUUUAGACUCAGAAGAAAACUAAGUUUUGUUCAAAUGAAAACAAUUUUAGAUCCACACUUCUCUGUUUAUUUCUGCUGCUUCUCUCUGUUUACAAACUUUUAUGAAUAUAUGUUUUUUUUAAUUUUCCUGCUUAAGAAAAGGAUGAACUCGGAGUUAACACCCACAAAUGAGUCAGAAUCCCAUUUCAGUAGACCGAGCUUUACAUUUAGUUUCUACUGCCCUGUAAAUGUCCAGGUUUUCUGUGCUCAAGCAGCCUAUAAAGUUGGUAAAGAAAGUUCCUUUGUACUUAAUAAAUAAUUAAGGAAGCAAAAGGCCACAUUAAGAUCUUUGAAAAGCUUUAUGAACCUCCAUCAGUCAACAGUUUAGAGCCUCAGGCCCAUGUCUCCAGCGGAAAUCUAGUCGUUAUUUAUAACCACUGAAGUCUGUGAGUUUGCCAGAAUUGUUAUUGGUUUGUCAUCACUGCAACAUCCUAUAAUAACUUUUUAAAGUCCCUAUUGGAUGAAAUGAGCAGCAGUGUGGUUAACAUGUCAUGAUCUAUGAAAAUUUCUCCCUCUACAGUUUGUCAGAGAACCAGUCUCUGCUCAGGAUGCCUCCCUGGGUCAAUAUUUGGCUGCUGGGAGCCAUCAUCCUCUCCCUCUCCCUCCACUUCCUCAUCCUCUACAUCGAGCCUCUGCCGGUGAGUUUACAGACACGUGACGCUGAGAGGAGCUGUCAGCGAGGUGUGAAAACAGAUGCUGAUGAUACUUGUAUGUAUCAAGGUCCACGUGUAGCACAAUCUGUUGCAGAGAGAGUUUCUAUAAUGAUGUUGACAGGAGUGUUUUAAAUGACAAAUACCUCUCCUGAAAGUUCAACACACCGCAACUAGGGGACACACGUGAAAAUGAACAAAUUAUAUAUCCCAGGCGUCUGAUAGAAAGUAAAGGUUUGAUGAAACACAGGCUGCAAGCAAAAAUAAGUCCAGGCUGCCUGCUGCUAGGACUAAGCCUUUAUACACAGGAAUGAGGCCCUCUCAAUGGUUCAAUGACCUGUCCCCUAAUGAUGAAGGAUUUCAGCACUCUACAAUGCACUGUCUUGUUGUCAGGUCAUUUAGUCUUUAAAUUGUUUCUUAUUUUAUGAAAUGAUUUGUUUCCGUUGACUUGAGAGUGACAGCCAACCACAGUGAGAAAGCAGGUAGCUUUAGUCUAGUCUUGAUGUGGCGUGGAAAGAGUGCUAACAUAUGAAACUCAAAUAAAAAUAUUGUAUAGAAGAAAUAGAAGCAAAACUACCAGUUUGUUUUUCUCCUCAAGUACUUCAUUUAGAGUUCAUAUAAAAUACAGAGUAUUUACAUUCUAAGUAGUUAAGGCUAAAGUCCACAAGAUACGGAACAGCUGUGCUCGAAGGGGAUUUGCAUGUGGUGGAAUCUCGGCGUUACACAGCUUUACGCCUUUGUGUGAUCUGAUUCACAGUUGUAAGAGAGUCUGACUCUUUGAUGCCGUCUUUUUACAGUUGAUCUUCCAGGUGACCCCUCUGCGCUGGUCCCAGUGGAUUGUGGUCCUGAAGAUUUCCAUCCCAGUCAUCCUCCUGGAUGAGGCACUGAAGUACAUGUCCAGGAACCAUAUAGAAGGUAGUUUAAGACUCUCCACUUCACUUGUCCUGCAGCAAUUCAAGUUUAAAGAGUUUGAAAUGUAUUCAAAUCACUGACUCUUCUUGUGAAGCUGAAAUUGAAUUUUACUGACAAGUCUCUCCUGCUCUUGUCCUCUGCUGCAUUUCUCACUCAGCCUAAACUCUUUAAUCUCACCUUCUGUGGAAAGGUACCAUCUUUCUGACCUCUAAAGUCCAAGCUUUCUAGUAAACAAUCUAAUCUUAGCACAAACAAAAACUAGCUGCUUUGAAUGCUAAACCACGUCUUUAUUUUCCUCUGCAGGUGAUGACGACCAGAAAUAUCGCAGGAGAUGGCAGCUGAACUAAGACCUCUCCCUCAACACACUUACACACUUAGACACACACGCCUUCCCUCUUCCCUUUACGAGCUAGGAACCCUUCCUCUCCCCUGUCCUCGUUCCCCGCUCCUGCAUGUCCGAAAAACCAACCACCACUAGAAAAACGAGCAGGGCUUGCAUGUGAGCGAGAGUGCAAGAGAGCAUGCGUGUUCCUGCGUGCACGGCUUUGUGCGAGUGUGUGAGUGAGUGAGAACUGUGUGUAUGUGUGUGUUUGUGUGUGUUAAAAGGCAGAUGCAGCCCUGUCUUUAUAGUUGCGACAGCGAGAAACAGCCGCAGACAAACAAAAGAUAAAUCCGCCCAGGGCUCUGCUUUUUAAAGAUUUCUGCUCAUCGGUUUUUCGACUGUACAGUACAAACAUAGUGGUGUAGAAACUGGACUUUUUGGGGAGGGAAGGAGAGGGAGGACAGGGGAAUAAAGGUUGAUAAUAAUAGUCAGGACGGGAAGGGAGGGUUUUUAGAAAUUAGCACAGAGACUGAAAGAGAGAUUGAGAGGCCUGUCGAGACGAGGCAAAAGAAGAGCAUCAGCAGGAACGUGGAGGGUAAAGAGAGCCAAGUUUGGAGGUGAGAUGACCCGUUUAGAGAGCCCUCGUACCUGCGUGUGUCUGCAGAAACAUAAUGUGGAGGCACCACCCACACUACUGGCAUUAAACUCCAGCCAGCUCUGCAGGAGAGUGCGGCCUUAUCAGCACAACACCAUCGACUCUCUGGCCAGUUUGUCACAGCGCUGCUCAUUCAUCGCUCUUCCUUAUUGUUUGCUGUGUGCACAUUUACCUUCUUCUCUUGCUCUCUCUGUCUCUCUUUCUCACUCUCUGUCGUGGAGGCAGCUGCAGGUGGGUGGAUGGGUGGGUGGGGUGUGUUGGGAUAUUGUCAGGCUCUUAUGUCCGGGUGUGGAGACAUCGCUCUGUCUAAAAAGGUGUGAAUAGCUUUACGCUGCUUUGGCCGCUUCCUCUGGCCGCUUCCUCUGGCUCUUAAUUUGAGGAGCUGAGGUCAGCUCACAGACAGAAAUAAAGAAAACAUCAAAUAUAAAUAAAAAAAUACAUAAAAACCAAACCAGCAUAUCAGUAGUAUAGUUGUCAGCCAGUGCGCUCAGCUGGUCCCACUUCAAUGUCUUUCUGCAGUGCUGCUACCUGAGUUUUAGCCAACCGAUACUUUAAAGAGAGAAUGAAGCUUCAGGACAUGAUAGAUUUUCUUGUGGCUUCAUGCUUUCGAUCACCUUAGCAGUGCUGUGCAUAAGAACUUAACAUCCCAGAGCCUUUUGUCAUGUUAUGUAAAAUGAAAUAGAUUUAAUUUGAAUUUGGCCAACAUAAGAGAGUCCAUAAUUUACAAGAGGAGUGGAAAUUAGCAUGAUUUUCAAAGUUAUUUACUGAAAGAAUGAAGGAAAGUUGAUACUAUGAUCAGGUAUAGCUUAUUCCGUUCAGUUUAACUCAUUUCUCACCUGUUUUGUAUGGUAAGUAGACACCACUCCUUUAUGCUCCUCCUUUUGCAAGAUGCUAAACUAGAAGACCACCUUAGUUUGGUACAGUCCACUGCAGAGAAGAUCCCUGUUGUUUUGAAGCAGACACUCUGGGUAAAGAAAAUUUAAUGGCCCUUAUAUCAGUGGUCUUAGGUUUUUCUUUCUCUGUUUCUCCUCCGCUCUGCAGGAGCUGAAUUUGCCAACAGAGCUGUCAAUCAGGACUUUAACAUCUUAUAACUAUAUAAAGCUUAACUUCUCAGGAAAAUAAACACAAAUCAAGACAAAUCAGCUUAAGAACCAACUGAGAUGAUUGGAAAACACAUUUUCAAAACUCUAUGUGAAGUCCAUUUUAACGUUUAAGUUGUAUAGGUUUAAGUUUGAUCCAUGUGCCAUGAGGUUUUUGGACCAAUAACACAGCCAGUCAGUAGUGGGAACUCUAAAUAUCUUGGUUUCACAGUAACUUGAAAACUGGUGUCCACUUUACUCUACAGACUAUGGUCAAACACUCAUCUGCUUCUUUUUGGGCUGCUUUUGAGAAGAAGAAAGCCCAAAUAACUCUGUUUAGAGUCCUGAUUUUCAACUCUGUAAAAUGUGGGAGGAAAAAAACGAGGAUGGUUGAAUAUUUAUGCACAGCACUGUCAUUAUUUCCAAAACCCUGCACCAGCGCUUAUGUGUGUGAAUGUGUGCAUUUAGCCUUACUUGAAUUAGUUUUAAUUUGGAUGGCUUUGCAGUCUUUAAAUCGCACAAAUAAUGUUAAGUUAAGUUAGAGAUGAAUAAAAAAAAAAUUAAGCACAUGUAUCAUCCAUGCCUUAUAAAGCCCACUGCACCUCCACAUUGAACAUGUGGUCAAAUGAAUGUGUUUCUGCUAGCCUUUAAGCCCCGCCCUCUCAUAUGUGCCCUAACGGUGAUACUCGCUCUGGUCUCUGAAGGCUCACAGACUCUGAAUGUCCCCUCAGACUUAAGCACGUUUGGUAGGAAUCCCUUCUUCUGUUACAGCUUUGUGCGCUGCUCCCUCAGCUCCUCCUGCGCUCUCGGUGCUUUAGCGCCUCACUUGGUUAUUGUUUCAUAUAAAGACUCAAUAGUUAUGUAUUUGACUGAAUGAACCACCAGGGUUUGGAUCAUGUCUUUAAGUCUCAUAUGGGUUUUAUGUGUUGGACCCUGGUGCUCUGUGGACAGGGUCAGAGGUGUGUUUGGUCUCUUUUUGCUUCCAUAUGUAAGAGGAGUGUACACAUUCAUUAAAAUAAACUGAGUAAAAGCUCAGACCAGAAAGAGAGAGAGAGAGAGAGAGAUCUGUACACUCAGUCAAGAAUUUAAAAGAAGUUUAACACAACUGCUAAAGAGCUGCAGUGAUCCUCCAAGGGGGCCACAGACUGAUGAGGGUCUUUAUGACUGUCUUUGAAUUAAAUUAAUUGGGAGUUAAUGACACACUGUGCAGAUUUCUCUUCUUUACUCUUCCUUUUCUCUCCUCCAGACUUAAUUCAUGCCGUUUUAUUAUACUCCAGCAGUGACAUAAAGCAUUACUUUGAAUAAAAGGGAAAAUCCAUCCUCAAAACCUUCAAAUGUAGUCCUCUAUUCCUCACAUGUUUUUUUCAUUUUCUUUGAAAUUGUUGCUCAAGGUUACGUUGUUCUGGAUAAUAAGCCAAACUAAAAUAGCAUGACAUCAUUGUCUUUCCAUCCCCACACCCUCUCUGGGGUUUUUUAUGGAAGUGGCAGUAGGAAAUAACUCACAAACAAAGAAGCUGAUGAGACAAUCUGCUGGAAAGUUGAUAAAAACACAACGACAGGCUCAAAAUCAGUAUGUACAAAUCAUUGCUUAUGGCUAUGGAAGCCCAGAAGAGGCAAAAGAAUUAAAAAAAAAAAAUCCAAUUUUUGGGGUUGGUUUUCUUGGUUCAUACUGGAUAAUUUGCCAUCAUGCAACUCAUUUUAAAUUUGCGGUUGGGGGGGGGUUAGCCUGUUAGCCUGAGAAACUGGGUGGAAAACCAGAACAGGAGCUAGGCUAUCACCUGCUGCAGACAUAAUCAAUUCUUGAGCUCCGGUUCUUGAUGUUGGUAUUAAAUUUUGCUACAUUAAAUAAAUAGUUGCUUCACUAUAUUUUCUGAAAGCCCAUUUAGUAAAGCACUAUUCAUGGUACAGCAACACAUACAUGUUGCUGUGCCUUCAGUGUACUAAUCAGCUGUUUGGGUUUCUUGGCUUUUCGACAAAGUGGUGGAGCUUUCCAGCAUAUCCAGUAGACUUGAUAUUUGCAAGUACCUCAUCCACCUCCACUUAAAAUAUAUAUGUAAAUUACACCUUUUAGAAAAAUUGGCCUCUUUUGACUCCAAUCCUUUUUUGGUCCAAUAAUUAACAAUGAGAAAAGCCCUAUUUUUUUUUUUUUUUUGUCCACCUACCAAAACAGUCAUUUAAAAAAAUUAUUCAUCAAUCACUUGUUUUACUACCUGGAUGUUCAAAAUAGGAAAAAAAAAACAGAUUAUGCAAUAAAGGUUUUCUUUCUUAGCAUUAACUAUAGAGGUAUAUUAAUAUAAGACCUAUAAUAAUAAACCAGAUUAUUAUUAUUCUCUCUGUCUUUUUUUUCCCUUUCUGGGCUCCCAUAGCUGAAAUAUCACUAUUUCAGAGGGUUGUAGGAUGGAAUCUCCCUUCACAUUUUGAUCACCUAGCUUGAUUGGUUUUACAUGUAAAAAUGGUUGAAUUGGAUCACGUAUUAGUUCAGUCUUAUUUUCCACCCUCUUGUGAAUGUGACCCCCCUGGUUUAGACCAGCAGCCCCCCUGUCCCUGUCCUUGCUUUCCACAGCUCUGUAACAUGCUGGCACUCUGGCCUCCAGGCACUAUAGGUCUGCAUAGCCUUGAUAUUUACUACUGAAUCCUCAACUCUGUACAGAAGAUGAGAAUAUGAUCGCAUGGAACCUUGUUACUGUAAUAAUAACCUAUACAGUAUGUAAUAUUUAAUUUUUUGAUAACUUACAUCAUUGAAACCUAACUUACCAACAACAGACAGACUUGCGAGAAAACUUUUUUUUUUUCUUUGAGCACAUGGUAUCUAAGGAUCUCAUUAAUUUUUUCGUUUUGUAGAGUAGAGAGGUUGUUUCUUCAUUGUUCCUGUUUGGUUUUUACAGUUUCUGGGGUUUUGUGUCUUUUACUGUAGGGAAAAGAAUAUGUUGUUAUCAUGUAUAAGAUAGACGAGAUUCAUGCUUACGCUAAUAAACAACGAUGAUGAUCAUUUCAGUGAUGGUUAUCCGGUGUGAGAAUGUUCAAGAAUUUGUGAAUGAACUGUGUCUGGUUUACACUGAGCGAUAAGCAGUGAUGAAUCCUGGGAUAUGAAGUUUUAUGACUGUACAUUGAAGGGCUUGGUGUGGACUCAGGCUCUAGAGACCAAUAACAAACCUUGAGAAGUUGGGAACUCUUCCAGCAUGGUACUAAACGUCCUCCACCAUCUGUUAGAAAAUCAAAACCUGUACUAACUGAAGAAAUGAUCAGGCUCAAACCAAGAACAUCUGACCCUGAGUCCUAAUUAUUAUCAUUAUUAUUAUUUUUAAAUGUCCCUUCAGUCUCUAGAGCCUGAGAUCCACCGCUGAGAAAUUAAAGGAUUCUCUGUAAUGCCUUGUUAAUAUUAAUUGUGGACACAUAAUUUUAUAAAUGACAGACGUGGAAAUAAAGAUAAUUUAUCUUGUUAUUUAUUUAGAGCUUGUGUUCUUUCCAUGGCCCAUUUUGAGUGUGUGACAUUUUUCAAUGUGAUGGGCUGAGCCUGCCUGACCUGAAGGGACCUAAAAUAUUGAUACAGUUCUUUCAGAGUUGGUACAGCAUCACGUCAUGAUAUGUUUCAGAGCAUAGAGAUUUUUGAUAUUUUCUUACAUCUUCAGUUAAUAUCCUGGUGUAACUGUCGAAAUUUUUGAAAUCAAAAUACAUGUUUUUUU